AUGAUCUGGAAGAACGGUAAAUCCUUUUGUAAGCAUCUGAUGAGUGUCUACUGCAUUAUUAACUCCCACCAGAGGUCACUCAAAUCAUAGGUUUGAAAUAAUAAUUCAGUAUGUUGCUUUGAUAAAAUUUUGCUCACAUCGAUUCAUAUUAUCUUUCCUAAUAAUUCAUAUUGUGCCAUCAGUUCAAACAGGUUUGAAUCAGUGGGAAUGGGAACUGUGUAGUUCAGCAGAAAUUUGUACACUCACUGCAUAUAUGGGGGCAAACUUCUGUGAAACACCCCCCCUCCCCAUUAUUUGAACUUGAAAACACGGGCCUUGCAUGGGAGAUGCGAGUCCACUACACUGACAUGUAUAUUUUCACUGCCUGAUUGUGUGAAGCGGAUUCUGUCCCUGAUGUGCCAGUAGGGUUUUGAGAGGAGCCUUUUUCCUCUUUGCAGUUCCGCAGAGCUCAUAGACCCAAGAGGAAUAACUCAUCCAAUGCCACAAACAGAACAUUUCAUCUCACUUCUGAGCACAGUGUUUCCAAUGGAAUAAAUUCGCACAGCACUGAGUCAUCAAGAGGCGAAGAAAAACAAGUAGAAUUAUUAUCAUUUUAUUACACUGGUAUUGAAGGAAGGUGAGGACAGGCGACCUCACCUAGGCCCGAAGUCACCCCCCCACCAAAGCAGGCUCAAAGCUUCUCAAAACUUUUCAAAAUCAUUUUCUUAGCAGCUAAGCAUCAGAAACAUUCUGCUCUGCUGUAACAAAGGUAGAGAACAGUCCAUUGUUUCUCAGGCCUUUCUCAUGUCUUCUGGCCUUGCUAAAGAACCACAUUGCAACUUACUUUCUGUCCGGGAACCAUGCCAGAACAAGAGAUUGAAACAUAUCUGAACAUGCGGUAAAACCCGUGGCGUCUCACCCCCUUUCCUGGGAAGGGUGCCAAGAGUCCACAAUAGUCCCAGACAGCUUUCUGUUCAUGCUCAGAGGAACUCCUGAGGGAGGAGAAAGGGGGAGGGAACUGGAAAGGGGUAUAUAUGCUUGUGCACGUGAUUGUGAACUCGUGCAUGCUUUUUGUGACUUAUCACACUUGCUCCUUCCACCAGUUCAUGGAUGGUAGAAAUAAAAGCCUUUUCUCCGAAACUAUUCCUGGAGUGUCUGUUGACUCCCACUUCCCUUUCCCAGGCGCAAUAUUUUUCCCACCCGAGGGCAAAACCUCAUAAGGCUACAUUUCACAGUCCUUGCAUUCAUCCGAAGAUAUCAGGGUGGCUCAUGGUAUAAAAACACAAUAUAUAAAACUCAAAAGCAUGUAAUAAAACAAUAACAAAAACCACAGAACAAAUAAACACCCCCAAAAAAACAAACACAUUUAAAAAGGGGUAUAAGAUGUUAAUUAACCAAAGGCCUGGUUGAAUGUAUUCGUCUGGCUCCUAAAGGUGUAUAAUGGAAGGGACCAGAUGAACCUCCUUGGGGGAGAGCAUUCCACAAAUCUGAUAGCACCUUAAAGGCUAUAAAAAAUAAAAAAAAUAGGGCACAACCUUUCAUGGAAUAGGGUCCAUUUCCUCAGAUGCGUGGUAUAUUUAUUACUAUUUCAUUUAUCCACGCAUUUUUAAAAGUUCCCUUUCCUGACCAUGGUUGCCUCCCCAAUAAAACCUCGCACCAGAAGAAAGAGGUGGGAGUUACAAAUUUUAAAAAAAUGAGGCAUGCGAGAAAAAGUGAGCGUAGACAAAAGUGUGGGGAGCAAAAUCCACCUUCCAAGGCCAGGCCGCCCGUGAUACUGUUUGUGGGCUAAGCCUUUCCCCUCUCACCCGGCCCGUUGCCUUGGCAACCCGCCCGCCCCCGCUGCCGCGACGUCCAUCACGAGAACGCCACGCCCCUCCAUCGAGCAGCCAGUAAUCCGCGCGAAGCGAAGGGGGCGGGCCCAGCCAGUUGGCAAGGUAACGAGGUUAGCCUCCCGCCUGCGGCGGCUGCUUCUUUUCCUCCGCGGCGUCGCCGCGCUGCGCCUCUCUCGGAGCUGUCAGCGCGCGCGGAGUGCGCGUGCGUUGUCGUGCGUGCGCGGGCAAGUCCAGUAGCGCCUGCCAGCGCCUCGCCACGGGCAGGUAGGCAGCAGCGGCAGGAGGCAGACGGGCAAGCGAGCGGAGCCGAGAGCGGGUUGGUGUGGCGAGGAGACCAACCUGUAGCCCUUGAUGCAAGCAGGUUGUCUGUUCCCCAGGUGGGAAGCGGGCGGGAAAGGGGCCUCGCUGACCUUUCCUAGGCGUGGCUUGGCUGUCGUGCAGCCUGGGAGCCCUUGCAGCCACGUUGCGGGAGUCCUGCCUGUGCGCUGCUGGCCUGGCCGCCUUUCCCUUUGGGCUCUAUUUAUCUCGCAAUUCGUACUUGGCUUGUGGUCCUGAUUCCAACCCUUCACGCUCUUCUCUCCUGCUCAUGAUAUUCAUCUGUAGCUCUUGUGCCUCUUUCGUUUUUUAGGUUAUGGAAAAAUAAGUACGUUUUCUGGCAAGCGUUUCGGAUUAAGAUGCUUGCUCCCCCCCCCCCAUCCAAAAGGACAGGGUGUGCUUAACUUUUUCUUUUUAAAGGGGGGCGGGAUUAGAAUACUUUACAGUUCCAUGUUUUGUGAUCCGGGUGCACGUGGGAAGUGGCUAUUGCAAACAAGCAUUUUUUUCAGGUAGUAAUAAUAGAAGCGUUUUGAUUUUUGUUUUGUGUUUGUACAAGCGGGGUUUCUAACAGCGUGCCAUCACUUUAAAAAAACAACAACUUGUUGCAUGUAGAUUUGAAGGAAAAGUGUAUACAGUUUUUGGUAUAAAAGGGCAGGCAUAGUGCUGCAAUGCUUUCCCCACUUUGUACGUGUCUACAACAUUCAGAGGUGUAGCUGUGUUAGGAAAAACAAAUUGUCUUAGGUUGACUGUGGCAUGGGCUUCCUUGGACUAGAGCCAUCAGAUGUAGGCUCCCAUCCAGGAGACUACAUACUGCAAUAAAUCUAUUAGUUUUUAAGAUGUCACAUCUACAACAUUCAGUGGUUGAAAUGGGAGAGAUGCUGAACAAUAUAUAGCAACAAUAGAGUAAGGCAAGCACUCAAAUAGAUCAUAGAACAUUCAAGCAAACUUAAAGAAUGCGAUGUUGUAAGCCAAGUACUGUAUUGAAGAGCCAACUAUCCCUUCCCCCAUUCAGUUGCAUGAUGAAAUGUGAAGGCAGUGUGAAGUGAUCUCUCUAUGGAACUGGGUUGUUUUAAAGACAAAAACAUGGCGACAUUGAAAUUCUGUGCUUUUGUAAAGCUGAAAAUCCCUUGCUUGCUUAAUGAUGACACUGGGGGUUAGCAUUAUUAUUCCCUUUGAAUAAUCCAUUUGUCUAACAGUGAUAUCUGCCCAGAGUGUUCAUUUGAUUUCAUGGAGAAUUAAAAUGCAAAAUGUUUAAACAUGUGGCUUACAAUGAGAUCAGAAAAAUAAAUUGGAAAGUGGAAGAAGUAUGUGCAGUUUGAGUAAUGAUUACUUGUGUACAGAUAUACACAUCCACAGGAGCUCCUGCUCCCCCACAACUGGCCCUGUUGGCUCUGCCCAUUCUUCCCUUUCCUCCUCUAUCAAACUGAACACUGGUUUCUUCUCUCUUCAUCUCCUCCACUCCACCCCACUCCAAUAUUUUGGGCAGCUUUUAGCUUAAAAAAAAGGGUUUUAGGUAUAUGACAUGUUCCUCUACUUAAAUGUAGAUUUGGUGCCUUUUCUAAAAAGUGAGUGUAUUAUUAUUUUUCAACUUGAAAGUGCUUGUUGUGUGUGUGUUUUAAUAAUAAUCACAAGAGCCAGCCAACGAGCAUGCUGCUCAGCCAGCUUCUUGAAGAAGGACUCGUAGCUAGGGUCUAUGAAAAAAGUACAUCUUACCCAAAAGGGGUGCUUGUGGAUCCCCAGUAAGUUCCCCCCUCAAGCUGUGUACAUUGUGCAUCAAGUGCCUUUGCAAAGGACCAUUAAAAAAUAACUUGUGGAAGUGCUAACUAGGAAGAGAGUUUAUUUGUAGCCUCAUGGUGAACUGCAUUCUGACACUGCUUAUAAUCUGUUUAAAAACUGCCUCAGAAGUACAGGUGACUAACAGUCCACAUGCUAAACUUUCAUGCAGCACACUAUGUGGUAAUCCACAGAGUUAGGACUGAUGUACUGUACUGUGUAUGUGCAGCAGAACUGAAUAAUUCAGUCCAGGAAAAAUAGUGCUACAUUGGACUGUAGCUGAGGAAACAUGAUCCAGUGUUCCCUUCCUUUAAAAAAAAGAGAAAAACUUCUUGCAGACCAAAAAACCCCCAGCACACCAGAGGAAUAUUCCAUUAGAACCCACUAGCCAACCAUUUUAUAAGAUUGACCAUAAGGGUUAAGAAGCCUUUUUUGUUACUCAGCACUUAUCCAGUGAGCCUUCCUGCUGUGUUUGGAUUCCAGUUAUAUUAAUUUCCCCUUCAAAUGUUUGUUUCUCAGUUUUACUAAAUAAACAUGAGAGAGAAGCAACAACAGAACAGAAUUUUUAUAGGAAGUAAUAAUGCUUUCCAGUGGGAUACUUGGGGUGUCCAUGGGCUGGUUCUUGAUGUUAUUGGUAGUAUGGUAUUUUAGUUAUAGCAAUAAAGACAAUGACUAGACUGAAUGCCUGUAGAGAGCCUAAACAGGAACGGUUAUAUUUACGUAUUCCUAUCCUUGAAACAUCACAGCUUCUUUGAAAACGUUUUCACAAAACUCUCCUUCCUUUCAGCUAUUGUUUAUAAACUAUUCUUCUCCAACCUAGUGCUCUCCUGAUGGUUUGAACUACAACUCGCAUCAGCUUCAACUAGGACAGUUGUGCCUCAUGUUGGAUUUCAUGGCUCUAGUAGCCUAAUUUUUCAGUUUAUGGGGAGGGUUUUUUCCCCUCCCCCUGCUUUGUGUAGCAUCUUGCUUUAUUAAGAGAUCUGGAGAGUACAAAAGCUUUCUAUAAUUUUGUGUCAUUUUGGUCAAUACCAUAAAGGUAUUACUGAAAUAAAGUUUCAGUUAGCUUCAUAUCGGCCUAGACUUCUUUUAACUCCUUGUAUAAAGUGCUAAAAGGAUUUCUGUGGCAGUAGCUUCACCUUCAGAUUCUGAAGUUCUGCUUACUCUGUUAAGCUCCAGGGUGCUCCUUAACACUUUUCCAGCUCUCUCCCCUGGACCAUCAUCGUUUACAGUGGUGCCCCGCAAGACGAAUGCCUCGCAAGACGAAAAACUCGCUAGACGAAAGGGUUUUUCGUUUUUUGAGCUGCUUCGCAAGACGAUUUUCCCUAUGGGCUUGCUUCGGAAGACGGAAACGUCUUGCAAGUUUGUUUCCUUUUUCUUAACACCGUUAAUACAGUUGCGACUUGACUUUGAGGAGCAACUCAUAGAACGCGGUGUGGUAGCCUUUUUUGAGGUUUUUAAAGACUUUGGUGAUUUUUGAAGCUUUUCCAAAACUUUCCUGACACUGUGCUUCGCAAGACGAAAAAAAUCGCAAGACGACAAAACUCGCGGAACGAAUUAAUUUCGUCUUGCGAGGCACCACUGUAUAUACUUGUGAGUUCUAGCACCCUAGUCCCAGUGGACUGCUGCCACAUAACACUUAACUUGUUAAGCAGAUUAAGCAAAACUUUUCCAUAAGUAUGGUAUAUGGUCUCAGGGGUGCCCAAACUUUUUUCAACGAGGGCCAGGCUUUUUACAAUUUGACCCCAUAGUUGUUGAGUUGUUGUUUUUUUGGAUUUUACCCCGGGUCAUAUACUGCCAUGGGGGCCAGAUUAAAUCGAACAGAGGGCCGGAUUAGGCCCCCGGAACGGACUUUGGACUAGGGGAAGUUUAUGCAUGCAUCUUCAGAAACCUGGACUUUAAAAAGAAACUUGUUUGAAUGUUAAAAACUUGUGUAUACUGUAAUAAUGUUACAAUGUCUUCACUUUAUAUGCAGGUCUGGAUCCAGGGUUUGAUUCUGCAGAGUGCACUGUGUUCUUAUUGCCUUUUGGUAUUAAUUGAAGGCUAUGUGGUUAGUGCCAUGUAGAACCAUAGACUUUUAUGCAAGGGUUUCUGGGGUCUGGACCAUGGUGACACUAAUCACAUAAUUAAGUAGCAAUGCAUUGGAUGGGAUUUGUGUUUAUAUCUCCUUUGAAGACUCCUGGGAUUACUUUCAAAAGCUGGUCUAAAUUUAGAUCAAAUCAAGAAUAUCCCCAUUUAUCUUUGUUAUAAGUUUAAUAUUGUACGGUUACGUUUUGUUUUAAAUAAACGGCUCUAAUUUCAUAUGUUGGAAAAAAUGACCAAGACUUUCUUGUUGGAAGGGAGCAGCAAUUGAGAAGUACUUGUAUAUUAAGCAGAAAGCCUGUGGUAGAUAAAUAAAUAUUGAAAGCAUUAAUAGAAAUUCACUUUGAUUUACUACUUCAGAUGAGCCAUAUCGUGUAUGUGGUGCUGUGGUCUAAACCACUGAACCUGUUGGACUUGCUGAUUGGAAGGUCGACAGUUCAAAUCCAUGAGGUGGGUUGAGCUCCCAUUGCUCUGUCCCAGCUUUUUCCAACCUAGCAGUUUGAAAGCAUACCAGUGCAAGUAGAUAAAUAGGUACUACUGUGGCAGGAAGGUAUACAGCAUUUCCGUGCGCUCUGGCUUAUGUCACGGUGUUCCAUUACGCCAGAAGCGGUUUAGUCAUGCUGGCCACAUUGCCCAGAAAGUUGUCUGUGAACAAACGCCAGCUCCCUCGACCUGAAGGGAGAUGAGUGCCACACCGCAUAGUUGCCUUUGACUGGGCUUAACUGUCCAGGGGUCAUUUACCUUUGUACCUUAUCAUGUAUGCACCUUAUGAGGUUGACUGAGAUUGAAUUUGGAGUGAGGGUGAAGUUGCUCUUUUACGGCGCAAUACUAUGCAUUUCUAUUUGAAAGUGAGCCCCUUCAAAAUCAGGGGUAUAGGAUUGCAGCAUAAGUAAGUUGCCAAUCUUGCCUUCUUGGGCAAGGUUCUGUAGACUAUAUCCAGGCACUCUUGGAGGAAACUGAUUUUCUAGAUCCAUUUCAAUCCGGGUUUAGACCCAGUUUUGGCAUAGAAACUGCUUUGGUUGCCCAAUAGAAUGACUUGUGUCAGGAGAGAGACAGGGGAAAUGUGUCCCUUAUAAUUCUCCUUGAACUCACAGGCGCUUUCAGUACCAUCAGCCUUGGUAUCCUCCUGGAGCACCUAUCCGAGUUUGGGGUGGGUGCUUUGCUGUGGUUAGUCUUUUACAGAGGUUGAUGCUUGGGGACUGCUCUUCGGGCCUGUGGAUUCUUCAGUGUGGGGGUUCCUCAGGGUUCAGUUUUAUCCCCUGUGCUGUUUAACAUCUACAUGAAACCGCUGAGUGGGGUCAUCUGGAGCUUUGGAGUACGUUGUCAACAAUAUGCUGAAGACACACAGUUCUGCUUCCAGUCUUGGAAUUACCGGUAGUCUCUCCCCCCCCCCCCCCAAUUUUAGUUGAGUGGACAUUUGAAGGGGAAGAUUAAGCUUCCUUCUCACACCUUUCUGCUCUUUAAAAAAAAUAAAAAAUGCCACGUACUUUUAAGAAAAUAUGUGGUUGAAAGCAUCACAAUGAUGCGAAUUUCAGACAACUUAUGGUUGCUUGCAUGUCACCGUUCGAAAAGAAAAGAAAAGAAAUGCAAUGUUGGACAUCCAUUGGAUCUUAGCUCAAUCACUGGCCCCGAUGUUACAGAGGUCUGACUGGCCUCAAUUGGAAGUUGGACAUUUAGCGUCACCUAUCCCAUGCUCUGGAACACUAUUCCAGCAAAGAUUUGGCCGGCAUCCUUGCUUUUAACUUUCAGGCAUCACUUCAAGACAUUCUUUUUGCCCACAAACAUUUGCAGGUGUUUUGUGUGUGCGUGGGGGUGUCUCUCACCAAUCACCUUAAUGAUUAUAUGCGUUUCAAAUUUAAUUUCAUUUUUAAAAAUGGUAUUCUGUGUUUAACAGUGUACACCAGCUUGAUAUUUUAUGAUAUGGUAAUAGUUAAAUACUUCUAUAAAUAAAUACAGUGGAUGCUCGGGUUGUGAACGUGAUCCGUGCGCGUCUGUGCAUUCAUCGCAAAGCGCGAUCGCUGAAACCCGGAAGUAACCCGUUCCGGUACGUCCGGGUUUUGGCGGUCCGUAACCUGAAAAAACACAACCUGAAGCAUCUGUUACCUGAGGUAUGACUGUAUAGGCCACUGGAUUGAUUGCACACAGAGGCAUGUUGCCCAUAGAGGCCGGGGUGCCAAGUUCUGGAGGGCUCCAGGGAAGAGGCAGAGGCUGGACGCAUCGCCUCCUGGCAUCAGCUCGCUGCCCUUGCCCGCCUCCGCCAUGCCGCUCCGAAGCAGCACCGCGCCUGGAGCCUCUACCUACUGUGGCCACUGUGGCACAGGCACCAGUGAAUAGGCGGAGGCUGGGCGUGGCGCCUCCGGGCACCAGCUUGCCACCCUCGCCCAAGCAGCGCCGUGCCCGGAGCCUCCGCCUCUUCCCCACCAAAGGAGCCGCCCUCCAGCCGCUGCCUGCCUCCUCCAGCCCUGCAAUGCUGCCGGCAGUGCCAUAAAAAGCUCAGCAACUCUGGAAAACGGGGGGGAGGGGCGCCGGAGGGAUCUUUGCACUACGGCACCGGAUAUACUUAAGAUUGUCCUGAUUGCACAGUGUUCAUUGAGAUUUAAUUUCCAACAUUCUAUCACUGCAUUAGUGCUUAGGCUGCAGUCUUAUGCAAACUAACUUGGGAUGGGAGUGAAUCCCAUUGAACUAAGAGAGACAGUCUAUGUUGUUUUCUAUAGCCCGAAAGAUUAAUAAACUUCAAUAUCAUAAUAUAGUAAUGGUUUUGUGUGUCCCCCCCUCCCAUCCUAAGUUGUUCUCCUUUCCUUGUUUGGAUCUCAUACCAUAUAUGGAUCUUAUUUGUGCUUGAAUCUUUUAAAAAUGUUUUCUAUGAAAUAGUCAUAGUCAAACUUGCUUUUAUAGAUGAGUUGAUUUCACAGAGCAUAGGGCUCAUCUCUGUGUAGUCUCAGAAAUUUCCACACAGAAUCCAUAUUGCCUUAGCAUUAUUCAAGGGCUUAGUUACCAUAUCCUACAUUUCAAGUAUACAAUGGCUUGGAUGAGUUGUAUUUCGUAUUGGUUUGAUGAAGACGAUUGGUAUGAUGGACAGCAAAGAGUAAGAUCCUUUCUUUUCUAGAAAUAACUGCUUUGUAUUGAAUCUCACUGAAUCUCUCUGCAGCAUAUUGCCUGUUGUUUGUAGCAUUUAUACUUCGCACUGCAGUGCAGUGAUUGAAUCAGAAAUAUUUAUUUGAUGGGUGAAAUUAAAAUUAAUCAUGUAAUGCAAUGUUUUACAAUAACAAUUUGAUGUUUGGAGCUAAAGGUAAGCUGUCAGUUUUCAAACAGUGGUAUCUGGUUGGGGUUCUGUGCUUAAAAUACAGUAUACUGCAAAAUGUUUAUUUUACUGAAUUGGAAGAAAUUGAUGCAAUAGCUAUGAAGGUGGGAAAUAAUUAAGAAGUGAUUAAUAGAUAUAAAGCCAGUUUUACUAAAUGCAGCAUUGAAUUUUACUCAGUGUUUUUUGAAGACUGGUGUAGGCAUUAACAGUAUUUUUCAGUAAGAAACAGGGUUGCUAUGGUGAUCUUUGUAUGAUGUUUGGGGGGGAAAUUUAAAGAUAUCGAACAACUGCUUAGGAAAUUAUAAUUUUCUAUGGGUUUAAGAGAGAGUAGAGGGAGUGGAAAAGUCUGGAUUUUGGUGCACUGGUUGUAAGUUGCAUGAAAUACAUCACAGUGCACAAAUGCAGCUGCAUAGAUCCUCUUUGUUGUUAUGAUCAACAUCUUGCAGCAGUGCAGUUUUAAAAAUGGUACAGCAGGAUAAAAAGAUCAGUUCAAUAUUGUAUUUUUAAAAAAUCAUAGCAAGUUAUAACUAUGUCUAAAAGAAAUAAUAUGAACAGAAUUUAUUAAUUAAAUAUCUUUCAUAUCCUGCUUUUUCUGGGUAGAGCUCAAGGCUGUGUUCAUACGGUUUCUACGCCAUCUUCCAUUCAGAUACUUCUGAGACCCAGAUCUGAUUACAUUCUGCAAGGUUGUAGCAUCAUGUGGCUUCAAACCUGAGAAGCUGAAUGAACAUAGUUUAGCACAAGAGAACAAAACAAAGGAAGAUGCACUGACAAUACAAACAUACAAAUAUGGAUGCCAUAAUAUGUGAUGAGUCAGGCAGAUGGAUCUUUUGUGAAUAAUAUGUAUGUACACAUAUACAUAGGGACGCGGGUGGCGCUGUGGGUAAAACCUCAGCGCCUAGGACUUGCCGAUCGCAUGGUCGGCGGUUCGAAUCCCCGCUGCGGGGUGAGCUCCCGUCCUUCGGUCCCAGCUCCUGCCCACCUAGCAGUUCGAAAGCACCCCUAAGUGGAAGUAGAUAAAUAGGUACCGCUUUAUAGCGGGAAGGUAAACGGCGUUCCGUGUGCUGCUCUGGUGCUGGUUCGCCAGAGCAGCUUCGUCUCGCUGGCCACAUGACCCGGAAGUGUCUAGAGUGAGAUGAGCGCACAACCCUAGAGUCUGUCAAGACUGGCCCGUACGGGCAGGGGUACCUUUACCUUUACACAUAUACAUGCAUGCUGAAGGUGCAUGUAUAUACACUAUGCAUUACUCACAUAGGAGUGACAGGGACAUGACAGAGGGAUGGAGUCUCUUUUCUUGUUACUUCUUGUGUGCGUAGUUGUAUUAAGGGUUGUCACCUGAUUAAAGAAAUAAGUAUUUAUGAAAACUGCAGAUGAUAUUUUAGAAGAGAUAUUUUACCUUGUGUUUGAGAGCUGGGUGGGUGCCUCCUUAAAGAUGGCUCCCCCCUACACACAGCAGAUAAUAACAUUGCUUGACUAAAAUGAAUGUCCUGCAGAAAUUAAUAAAUGGCAUUAUAUAUGACAUUUCAGUGUUUUCUCAUUUGUGCACACACAAAUUGUUGGAAACAGAAAGACAGCAUGCAUUGGAUAUGACUGGCAAUAAGUUGAUUAAUUAAUGUAUUUAUACCCACUUUUUUCUCCAAGGAGCUCAAGGUGGUGUACUUGGUUGUCCCACCAGUGGUAGUCCUUGGAAUCUCAAAUUUCAGCAGUGCCUUGUGGAAUGCCCAAAUUUGGUACCCCCUCCCGCCUCUCGCCUUCCAUUUUACAGCAUAGUUGUGGAAGCCCUGAGGCUCCAUGCCCAGUGUGACCUAACUGGUCGUGCUCCCCUAAAUCUGCCUCUGCUCCCACUCUUCAAAUGAUCCCCGCAACAACCCUGUGAAAUAGGUUAGGCUGAGAGGCAGUGGCUUGCCCAAGGGCACCCCUUGAGCUUAAUGCUGAGUGGGGAUUCGAACACUGGUCCCCCAGGUCCUACACCACACUGGCUCUCUUACUUAUACACAAUGAUAAGGUAUUAUCAUGAAGUUAGAGCCAAUACUGAGAACACAAGAGCUGGAACAGGAAGACUUCAGGAAAAUGCACACUUGCAUAUUAACAUGGUACCUCUUCGAGAGCUGUAGUUGCCAGGCUACUGACAUUGCUGUGUCGUGUGUGUAGUGCUCCACCAUGCUUGGACUGCUCUCCAGCAUCUUUUAGUAGCAGUAUUAUUUCGUUAACAACAUCAGGAUUUAAUUUCCUCAGCCGUUGAGUAAAGCAGUUUCACAUUAUAGGCAGAAAGAGGCUGCAUAUUUGGAAUCUGCAGGGCUUUGGAACGGACAUGGAAAUCCUUAAAUGGCUUGCAGAAAAUGACAUCUCUGUUAAGGUAGGGGUAACCGAGUCAUUCAGCUUUCUCAAGCCAGCCCAUUUUAUUAAAAACAUACUCAUGUUCAAAGAGAUCUAGAACAAAUAGUCCUUCAAUUUUAUCACUUUUCUAUAUUUAGAAACGAGGAAGGGCUUAAAAUAUUGCUCUGGCUGGGAGAAAAGUCUCUCUCCCUUCCCCUUUGUUGUAGCUUUGGUAACCAUAGUCAUCAAUUUUUACAAUAUUUUAUGAUGUAAAAUACGAGUGUAGCAAAAUGUUUUUGUGUCACCUGUGUCUUGAAUAGCUGAGACUUAUUUGGCAAGGCUGAUUUUAUGCAUUCCUACUCUUGAAGAGGUUUAACUUUUCUUUUUCUUAGAGUUGCUUUCAGUUUGUGGUGAAUAUGCUUCUCUGUGACUGAUUUAAAUUACUGAGGAAGUCAGUUACCGUAUUUUUCACUCUAUAAGACGCACCAGACCACAAGACGCACCUAGUUUUUGGAGGAGGAAAACAAGAAAAAAUAUAUUCUGAAUCUCAGAAGCCAGAACAGCAAGAGGGAUAGCUGCACAGUGAAAGCAGCAAUCCCUCUUGCUGUUCUGGCUUCUGAGAUAGCUGCGCAGCCUGCAUUCGCUCCAUAAGACGCACACACAUUUCCCCUUACUUUUUAGGAGGGAAAAAGUGAGUCUUAUAGAGCAAAAAAUACGGUAGUUCUGGUUUGGAUGCAUAAUGUUGACUAGUGGUUCAAGUCUUUGCACAAUUGAUUUUAGAAUACAGUGGUACCUCGGGUUAAGUACUUAAUUUGUUCCGGAGGUCUGUUCUUAACCUGAAGAACCACUUUAGCUAAUGGAGCUUCGUGCUGCUGCUGCACAAUUUCUGUUCUAAUCCUGAAGCAAAGUUCUUUUUUUUUUUUUUUUUUAAAGCAAUUUAUUGGAUUUUACAAUAGGAAUAAAUGUAAUAAACAAUAUAACAUUCGUCUUAACAUAAUUUCACAUUUUCUUUGGACUUCCUCACAUCUCCCGCUCCCACCUUCAUCAUUAUAACAUUUUGUCAGCAAUUUAUCAUCUUAUUUAAAUUCUUAUAUCUCUUCGAUAUUUCAUGAUCUUAUAGUUCUCAUAAAGAGUUAAACUUUCACAGUUUUUCUUAUUUUCUUAAAAACUUCUAAGUUAAGUGGUGCUCAGUUAUUUAGUCUAGCAUCUUAUUCAGCAUUCAGUCAAAUCACAAUGUUUUUGUAGGUAGUUCUUAAAUUUCUUCCAAUCCUCCUCGAUUCUCUCUUCUCCCAGGUCACGGAUUCUGCCAGUCAUUUCAGCCAGUUGCAUAUAGUCUAUCAGUUGCAUCUGCCAUUCUUCCAGUGUGGGUAGAUCUUGAGUUUUCCAAUGUUUUGCGAGUAGUAUCCUUGCUGCUGUUGUUGCAUACAUAAAAAUGUUUGGUCCUUCUUUGCCACCCCUUGGCUGACAAUACCCAAAAGGAAAGCCUCUGGUUUCUUAGUGAAAGUAUAUUUAAAUACCUUUUUCAAUUCAUUAUAAAUCAUUUCCCAGAACGCCUUCACUUUAGGGCAGGUCCACCAGAGGUGAAAGAACGUUCCUUCACACUCUUUACAUUUCCAGCACUUGUUAUCAGACAGGUGGUAAAUUUUUGCAAGUUUGACUGGGGUCAUAUACCAUCUAUAAAUCAUUUUCAUUACAUUUUCUUUCAAAGCAUUACAUGCAGUAAAUUUCAAUCCAUUACUCCACAGCCUUUCCCAGUCCUCAAACAUAAUAUUAUGCCCAAUAUCCUGUGCCCACCUUAUCAUAGCCGAUUUAACCAUUUCAUCUUGUGUAUUCCAUUCCAACAGCAAGUUAUACAUCCUUGAAAGUAUCUUAAUCUUUGGUUCUAACAAUUCUGUUUCUAAUUUCGAUUUCUCCACCUGGAACCCUAGUUUCUUAUCAUUUUUAAAAACUUCUUUAAUCUGAGCAUAAUGUAACCAAUCUCGCACUUUGUCUUUCAUUUUCUCCAAACUCUGCAAUUUCCAAUUGUCUCCAUCUUUUCUAGUAUUUCCCAAUAUUUUGGCCAUUUGGCCUCCAUAUUGGGUCUUUUUCGGGCCUUAGCUUCCAAAGGUGAAAGCCACCUUGGUGUUUUAUUUUCCAGCAAGUCUUUAUAUUUUGUCCAGACAUUAAACAGUGAUUUUCUAACAAUAUGGUUCUUAAAGGCCUUAUUUGCUUUAACUUUGUCAUACCAUAAAUAUGCAUGCCAUCCAAAAACAUUGUUAAACCCUUCCAAAUCUAACACAUCAGUGUCUUCAAGAAGUAGCCAAUCUUUUAGCCAGCAGAACGCUGCGGCUUCGUAAUACAACUUUAAGUCCGGCAGGGCAAAGCCCCUCUUUGUUUUGCAUCAGUUAGUAUCUUAAACUUAAUUCUGGGCUUUUUGCCCUGCCAGACAAACUUCGAAAUGUCUCUCUGCCACUUCUGAAAGCACUCCAUUUUGUCCAAAACCUGAAGUGUUUGAAAUAAAAACAACAUUCUUGGCAAUACAUUCAUCUUAAUCGCAGCAAUUCGGCCUAACAAAGAAAGUUUCAAUUUUGACCAACUGUCUAAGUCUCUCUUAAUUUCUGUCCAACAUUUUUCAUAGUUAUCCUUAAAUAGACUUAGAUUUUUUGCUGUUAUGUUUACCCCUAGGUAUUUUACUUUUUAACCACAUUAAGUUCCGUCUCAUUCUGAAACCGUUCUGACUCUGUCUCAGUCAAAUUUUUCCCAAAACCUUGGUUUUCUGUUUAUUUAAUUUAAAUCCCGCCACCCGACCAAAGUCAUUAAUCAAUUGUAAUACUCUUUUCGUACUAGGCUCUGGCUUCUGCAAGGUCAAAACCAGGUCAUCUGCAAAAGCUUUUAGUUUAUAUUGUUUCUGACCAACCUGAAUUCCUUCCACCAACUGGUCCCCUCUAAUCAUGUUCAAUAGCACUUCCAGAACCGAAAUAAAUAACAAAGGGGAGAUAGGGCAACCUUGUCGUGUCCCUUUUUCAAUUUUGAACUCUUCUGUAACCACAUUAUUAACUAUCAGUUUAGCUUUCUGUUCUGAAUAUAUCGCCUCAAUCCCAUUCUCAAAACCCCGUCCCACUCCCAUCUCUUUUAAGUUUCCCAUCAUAAAUUUCCAAGAAAUAUUAUCAAAGGCCUUCUCCGCAUCUAUAAAAAUUAAAACUGCUUUUGUAUUUAUGUCAGUUUGGAGAAGUUCCAAGAUAUCAAUAAUGUUCCUUGUGUUAGCAAACAGAUGUCUACCUGGGAGAAAACCGGCCUGGUCCUUAUGAAUUACUUCAUUUAAAAAUUUUUUAAAUCUACUUGCCAAAAUAUCUGCAAAUAUUUUGUAAUCCACAUUUAAAAGGGAGAUGGGACGGUAGUUCUUCAGUUGUGUCUUUUCAGCUUCUGACUUUGGUAUCAAUGUGAUAAACGCUUCCUUCCACGAAUCCGGUGCCCUCUUCCCCUCCAUAAUUUCAUUGCUAACCUCCAUCAAGGGUUGUAUCAAAUAGUCUUUUAGUGUCUUAUAAUACUUGGAGGUCAGCCCGUCUGGCCCUGGAGAUUUGCCAAGUUGCAUGUUCUGAAUAGCUUGUUCAAUCUCCUGUCGUGUUAUUUUAGAGUUCAGGGUUGUCCUAUUUUCUUGUGACAGUUUAGAUAAUCCAUUUUUGGCAAAAAUUGUUUAAUCUCGACUUCGUCUUGCGGCCCUUGGGUAUAUAGUUUUUAAAAUAUCUCUGGAAACACUUUCUAAUGUCCACUGGAUUCUGAAUGUUUCUUCCAUCGACCUCUAAAUUUGUAACCGUAUUUAAUCUUUGUCUUCUCUUCAACUGCCAAGAUAGCAGUUUUCCACAUGUAUUCGCCGACUCAAACGUUUUUGUUUCAUUAAUUUAAUCUUCCAUUCAAUUUCCUGAUUUAUCAAUUUAGAAUAUUGUGUUUGAUACAGUUUAAUUUCUCUCAGAGUUGGCUGUGACUUUGGAUUCACUCUUAAUUUCUUCUCUAAUUCUUUUAUUUUAUCCAAGAUCUUGUCUUUUUCUCAUUUUGUGUUUUUUUCUUUACUAAAUUCUGUUGUAUAAAGAAUCCCCGCAUGACAGCUUUGCUUGCGUCCCAGACGAUUCAUGUUUAUCUCGAAAUAGUCUUUCAAAACUUUUUGGGCCUUCUUGGUAAUUUCCUGAUCUCUAAACAAAUUGUCAUUCAUCUUCCAUCUAAAGGAUCCAGUUGGUAGUAGUGUCAUAUCCAUCUUUACUGCGUUGUGGUCAGAGCAGGUCUUUGGGCAGAUUUCCACUUUUCUAACCCUAGGUGCCAGGCCUCUAGAAAUCCAUAUUUGGUCGAUUCUUGUCCAGGUCAGUUGGGCUUCAGAAAAGAAUGUUCCUUCUCUACCUAGUGGGUUCUUUGUUCUCCAAAUGUCGAUCAAGUCCAUAUUGUCAGUCAUUUCAAAAAAGGUUUUAGGUAGUCUGCCAUCUUUUGUAACAUUUUGACUUUGCGACUUGUCCAUGUUAGUUGAUACGACCCCGUUCAUGUCUCCCAUCAUUAUGAUGUUGUUGUAAUCCAGAUGAUCCAGCAUUGUCCCCUGCAACUUCUUGUAAAAUUCCGAUUUCCCUUCAUUGGGUGCAUAGAUUCCUAAUAUCAGCAGUUUCUCUCCUUGAUAUUGUAUCUCAAUAGCCAAAAUCCUUCCAUGUUCAUCUUUAAAUAGAAAUUUAGGUGACAGGCUCUCUUUUGCAUAUAUCACCACUCCUCUCUUCUUCACUUUAUCCGACGAAAUAAAUUCCUGGCCCAAUCUUUUAUUUAUUAACACUUUUCUGUGGAGCCUCGUCACAUGUGUUUCUUGUAAACAGAUAAUGUCCAAUUGUUCUUUUUUUAAUAUAUGAAAUAUUUUCUUCCUUUUUUCCGGAAUGUUACAACCAUUAAUAUUCCAGCUCAACAGUUGCAGAGACAUCCUGGAUCUGUCUGGUUAUUUCUCCCGGGGUGGUGUCUUCUCUGGAUCUUCAAGUUCCCCAGGUGCAGGUGUUAAUGCUGGCUUUGCCCCAGGCUCGGAAGGUAGUUCAAUUCCUUUUUGUAGGUCCUCUCCGUAUGUAGCCAGAAAUUUAUCUCUCUCUUCCAAUGUUCUAAUUUUGACCUUUCUCCCUUUAAAGGUAAAAGAUAAUCCUUGGGGAAAUUCCCACCUGAAUGGAAUUGCGUUGCUCCUUAAUAGUUUAGCAAGUUCAGAGUAGGCGGCUCUGAGAUCCAACAGUUGUCUUGGAAUAUCUUUAUAUAUCUCAAUUCUUCUAUCCAAAACCUCCAGUGACUUUUCGUAAUGUAGACCCAAAAUCUUAUCCCUUUCCUCCUUCGAUCUCAAUGUAAUCAAACAAUCCCUGGGCCUCUCCUUCUUUAUAAAUCUUCCAAGUCUGAAAGCUGACACAAUUUUAAAGUCCUUUUCUUCCAAAUUCCAGAACUUGGAAAAUUCUUUGGUCAAAAACUCAGUUAGAUUUCCUUCUUCUGCCUCUUGUAAUGAUCUAAUCCUCAAAUUAUUCUCACGAUUUCGCAGUUCUAUCAUAGAAAGAUAAGUCUGAUGUUCCCCAACUUGUUUAGUGAGUGGUCUUACCUCUUGCUCUAAAUUUUCCAAUUUUUGUCUGGUAUCCUCAGCCAAUUUUCGGUUUUCUACUGAGGCCUCCGUUAACUGUCCAAUUGCUUGUGUAUUCUGUCCCACCUGUGUAGUUAAUUUGUUUAGACAAUCUGUAUUUUUAUCAAUCUUUGCUGAUUGCGCAUCUACUUUCUUGUCAGCCUGCAUUCGCUCCAUAAGACGCACACACAUUUCCCCUUACUUUUUAGGAGGGAAAAAGUGAGUCUUAUAGAGCAAAAAAUACGGUAGUUCUGGUUUGGAUGCAUAAUGUUGACUAGUGGUUCAAGUCUUUGCACAAUUGAUUUUAGAAUACAGUGGUACCUCGGGUUAAGUACUUAAUUCGUUCCGGAGGUCUGUUCUUAACCUGAAACUGUUCUUAACCUGAAGCACCACUUUAACUAAUAGGGCCUCCUGCUGCUGCUGGAGCACGAUUUCUGUUCUCAUCCUGAAGCAAAAUUCUUAACCCGAGGUACUAUUUCUGGGUUAGUGGAGUCUGUAACCUGAAGUGUAUGUAACCUGAAGCGUAUGUAACCCAAGGUACCACUGUAUUACUGAGGUAGAAAUUAAAAAAAAUUAAAAUCCACAUUGCAAGAAUUUUUGGAAUAUUAUCAGGUUUCCCAAAAUGUGGGUUUUCCAUGCAGAGCCUUCUGGCUUCUAAGGAUCAGAAACUACAUCAAAAUGGUGAAUAGACAACUUGAGGAAAACUGCAAUUGCUUGGUCCUCUUUGAAUCAAUGUGGGUAUGUCUGAAAUCAGCUGAAUAAGGCUGGUAGUGACAACAAAGUGGAAUGGUAGAGGAUCCCAUCAGGUUUUCUAAGGAAGAGCAGUUUGCAUGUAGGAUGUUAGUAAUGAGUUUUCAUCCUAUAGAUAGGGAUUCUAAUAAAGCGGCUGAAAGAAGAUAGGGAUUUACGUAAAAUUUGUGUAUGCUAAAUGCAAAUUCAGAAAUAAUUACUCUUAUUUAAAUAGAAAUAAGAUACAUCUCUUCAUUGUGGCAGAAAACUAUGACCUUUACCUGCUGAGUCUGCUGUGCAUGUGCUAACUCAUGGGUAGGCAAACUAAGGCCCGGGGUCCGGAUCCAGCCCAAUCACCUUCUAAAUCCAGCCUGCAGGCGGUCCGGGAAUCAGCGUGUUUUUAUAUGAGUAGAAUGUGUCCUUUUAUUUAAAAUGCAUCUCUGGGAUAUUUCUGGGGCCUGCCUGGUGUUUUCACAUGAGUAGAAGGUGUGCUUUUAUUUAAAAUGCAUCUCUGGGUUAUUUGUGGGGAAUAGGAAUUCGUUCAUCCCCCCCCCCAACAAAAAAUAUAGUCUGGCCCCCCACAAGGUCUGAGGGACAGUGGACCGGCCCCCUGCUAAAAAAGUUUGCUGACCCCUGAAUCAUGGGCAGUUUCAAGGGUUUAUCUUUAAACUGGAUCCGAAUGGGAAGGUCCUUCAAAUAGAGGACUGUCCUCUGUAAAGUAGGACCAUCCUAUCUAUAGGUGGAAGCUGGGCAUAGUCGGGCAUUUACCGGACUGUGUAUAUAGGGAUAAAAUAAUGAAUGCGCUUCCUUGUGUGAAUGUGUCGCUUUCCUGUCCACCUGUUUAUUCAGCAUCAUGCUCUAACCAACUGAGCUAACCAAAACUCUCAUUUUUCUAAAGAAAGAUCAGAUAGAUACUAUGAUCAAAUAAAUGCAGUGCAGUCCAAGUUUUUUUGCAGUUCUCCAUAGUGAGGGGGACCUCACUGGCCUCGGAUUCCCAACAUGUAUGUUUUUUAGAAUCCACCCUAUUCCCGUUACUAUAAUUUGUUUUUAAUACUACAUUUUAAAUAGUUGUUACCCGCCUGCUGGUAAAAGACGGGUAAUAAAUUUAAUAAUAAUACCAAAGAAUAACACCUGCGCAAGUCCUAGAUGCGCCUUCCUGCAAAGUGGCAUUUUGGAGUGAUGAAACUUGACUAGCCAGGUUCUGACAGCCUGAAAUGUUCCAUUAUCAAGAAAGAAGCUGCUUCACUGGCUCAGUGAUUAUUGAUCUGCCCAAAGCCAGGAUGCAGUGCCUCUCCAUCUUGGCAUCCCUGCUGGGUAACAGGCAAGUGAGCGGCUGCUGCUGUAUACUCAUCCAUCCUGCACUUUAAGCAUAAUUUCUUCAUAUCAUCUUGGGAUUUCCUUCAGGCUUUUCAUAAACAAAAAUUCUUUCCCCUAGUCAAUCAUUUCUUCCUCAGGUGGCCAGGGCAGAGGAGUUAUUUCAUGCAUUUAAAUCCAGUUUUCUAAACAAUUUCUAUUUGUCCAAAUUGAAUAAACACACUUCAGUAGACUCUUACCCCGUGUACAUUUAGUUCAGGCAGAUGGAAAAUGUCAGUACAGAAGGAAAACCAUCUCUCUCUCUCCAUCUUCCUCCCACUACUUCAUUUGAAGCAGCCCAGACUCAGCAGCUCGUUUUCAGCAUUUAGUAUCUAAGAACCCAGCCCAUCAGUUAAUGGAUGUGAGCAGUGCUAUUUUUCUAGAAAAAUAGGUACCAGAAUUCACCACGAACGCUUCCCUUGCUCUCUUAUAAUGGCAGUGGUGUCUACCUGAGAAGUGCUGAAAAUGAGUUCUUGUGAGUUCCUCCUGGAAAAAAAGCCCUAGGUGUGAAGUGGGGAAAGAGCUGGGUACAAAUAUAUACAUCGUUAUCACAAUGUUAAUUUUAAUGAUGUAAUCAGAAAAUUAGACCAAAUGUGCAAGUUUCAAUGGAACUGUAAUAUGUAUUGGAAUUAAUGAGUGAAGUUUGUAUGAGAACUGGCCUUUGCAGAUGGCACCUAUGCAAAGUCUCCAUUCACCUGUCCCAAAGACCAAUUAAAGAAUCUGAGCUUAUUUAAUCACAAGGAUAUUUGCGUGGUUUUAUUCAAGAUUCUGUCUUCUUGCUUUACAGCUAUGUUUUUCCUAGUUCUCCAGACUGUUCUACAUCAAAGUGCUGAAUAAAACAUCACUUAAAUUAUUCUGUUUCUCUGUUUUCCAGGCAAAAAUGGCACAGGUUAAGCAAGUGGGCUUAUUAGCUGCUGGGUGUCAGCCAUGGAAUAAAGACGUCUGUGCUGCGAGCGGAGAUAGAUUUGCCUAUUGUGCAACUCUUGCUAUUUAUAUAUAUCAGGUGAGAUGGAUUUUUAGAUUUCUCUGUGAAUAUUUUUCUUUCCUGCUACACAGUAAUGUUUCUUAGUAAGUGUUGCCGCAGGAUUAAACAGAUCUUUAUUUAUUUAUUUUAAAACAUAUAAUGUUCCUUUUUAGGGAAAUUUUAAAUUUUUAUUCUGUUAGCGGUUCAUUAGUUCAGGACCAGAGGAACCAAGCUGGAGUGACUUGGAAUCUGGGGUACAGAUACUGCAUACUGCUCUCUAUCAGAACUGUUAUAUAUUUCAAAAGCUGUAACUUAGGCCAAAAAGUCAUGUGUCUCAAUGUAGCAAAGGGGUUGCAUAUAAAACAGUAGCCCCAGAUACAGAUGUCCAUUUAUGUCUGCUUCAACAGAUAAAUCUGACAAGUUUCGCUGAGAGCCUAUGUGAACAUUGCAAUCUUUUUUAAUAUGGUGCCCUGUACAAUUUCAAAAUUUGGCAUCCCCAAAUGGAUGGUUUCAAUUAUGGAUCUUCUGAGUUUUGUGCCCCCUCAGCUCAGUGCCAUGUGCGGGGGAACUGAGUGCUAGGUACACAUCUCCAAUCAGAUGUGCAUCCACAAUCGCUCCAUGCAUGAUUCCCAAUCCCAUUUCGUCCUCUUGAAUUUCAUUAAUUUCCCCAGCCUGCCUUAGGACUCCCAAAUUGUUGUUUAAACUCUCACAUUAUUAUUUUUUUUAAAAGGUAGGCACAAGAGCUGUUUAAGGAAAACUGUUACCUCUAUGCAUCAGGUUUCCAUCUUGGAUUUCCCUUCAAGCUGUUGCCUUCUCUUGCUGUCAAAACUGCAAAACAUUGCAUAUGCCCACCAGAUGUGCGUACAUGUGCCCCCUUCUUAAUCCAGGCUCAUAGCUUUAAGAGAUUCAUUCUUUUUUGGGAAACAUUUCUUCAGGAACCUAAUAUUUCUGUAGACAUACUAGUAGUUUUAUAAUAUAUCUUCAUGUGUGCAAUUAAAGUGUGUGCUGUUUAAAGGCAGAAACCUUGGGCUGUAUCCAGUGCUAGUCCUGCUCAGCAGACCCAUUGCUGUUAAGGGACGUAACUAACUUAUGUCCAUUAAUUUCAGUGGAUCUAUUCUGAGUAGAACUUAGUUGGCUACAACUCUUGGAAUUUAAGGUAAGCCAGCUUAAGGAAGUCAAUGAAAGGAAAGUUUCCCAUUCCCCCCUCUCCCUUGCAGCUCCUGUGCCCCCUGAAACAACUGCCUUGAGGGUUUGUGGGCCCUUUUAGACUCUUCUGGGAUGGCGCUGCUGGGGCAAGGGAAUAUUGACGAGACUUGGGUAUAUCUCUGCCUGAUUUGUGGUGAUUUCCCCCCCUCCACUAGCCACCUUUACUUCUCCUGUGGUGUUAAAGGUCUCUCUCACUCUCUCCCAACCCUUCCUUACAUCCUUCUGAAUAAGAUUGUGGGAUGCAACCUAGUGGCUCUUAAGCUUCUGUCAUACAUAAAAUGCAUGUGUAAUUAGUUUUCAAUGUUUCUCAAAGUAGCAAGAUCCACAUACUGUCUUUUGAGGUAUAUUUACAUUUAAUUUUAAAUCUGUGUAACCUUUUAGCUGGAUCAUCGGUACAAUGAGUUCAAACUGUGGGCAAUUAUGUCUGAGCACAAGAAGACCAUCACAGCUGUUUCCUGGUGUCCCCAUAACCACGACCUGUUUGCAAGUGCAAGCGCAGAUAAUUUAGUAAUAGUUUGGAAUGUGGCUGAACAAAAAGUUACUGCAAAACUUGAUGGUACAAAAGGUAAGCGAGAAAUUUGAGUCUAAUGACAUUUAUUAAUAGCAAAAUGAAGCCACCAAAGGCUGAAUCCAGAAGUGCUGUUCUGUCAGUUGAAGACAGCCAAGGCUCCCACAAGCAGAAGAAUGUGUGUGCGCUUUUUACUGAUUUUCCACUUUAGUUCCCUACACAUGCAAUCUGUGGGGGAUGGGGUGCAUCCGGAAUAGAAUGGGAGGUGGUGCAGGGGAGGGGAGAAGGAAUUGGUGAACAUCACCUUGCCCCUCUUGACAUGCACACCAUUUCAGUUCACAGGAGCCUAAGUGUGGGCAUGAUAGUUUUGCUAGGAUGACACAAAAAACAAAUACAGUCAGUUUCCCAGACAACAGCUUGAAACUACAAACCUCUCUUCUGUUAUCCUACUAUAGAAAAGAGGGAGAUUGCUGCGGUGAAAACAGUUGGCUCUGCUUGACCAUUACUAUGAAUUAGAGUAGAAAAGGCGCCAGUUAAGGUAUUUUAAUUUGGAUUAUGUGUAUGUAUAUUUAAGGGUAGACCCUUAGCCAAUUCCACCGUUAAUGCUUUGCCAGCAGUCUGCUUCAGGAUGUUUCCUAUGGAGGGAACAGAUUACAUUUGAAUGGAAAUUCCCUGUGUUUUGUUCAGGAAAGAUCCAUAACCAAAUAGCAGCUCUUCCUUCAAAAGAAAAAUAAAAACCAUGUGACCUUUCCAUUCCAGUGUAAUAACUUCCUUAUGUGUUUCUCCAGAGAAAUUCUUCCUUUGAAGAGGAAAAAAAUACAUUAGAACCAGCACGCAUUCUCUUUGUGUUUUUAAUCUCAAGGCUGAAAUGUGUUCAUAGAGUGAAUAUUCAGACUGAGAGAUGAAUGUUAAUUGAGUUGCCUGUUUGUUUAAAUUCAGUAUCACACUAUUAGAGAUGUGGCACCAAAUAUUUUUUUAGAUUCUUAGAUUAUGUUUUUAUUUUUCAGGAAUUCCUGCAUCUCUUAGUUGGUGUUGGAAUGCAGGUGAUGCGGUUGCUUUUGUCUCCCAUAGAGGACCCUUGUAUAUUUGGACAAUUUCAGGACCCGACAGUGGUGUAACAGUACAUAAAGACGCUCACAGUUUUUUGUCAGACAUUUGCCUGUUUAGAUGGCAUCCCAAGAAAAAGGGGAAAGUAGUAUUUGGACACACUGAUGGAAGUCUUUCUAUUUUUCAGCCAGGUAAGGGUCUAUUUUAUAACAUAUGCAUGUUUUGAUACAUGGUGAAGAAAACCAUUGUUUUGAGAAAACUAGACACUUGUUUUUCACGGAUUCUCUCCCCUCCCGCCAUUGCAUUGCUAAUGGAAGGGAGUGGAAAUCUCAGCACAAGAUUGAUUUUAGAUUAACAAGGCAUCAUAAUUUAUUACUACAUAAUAAGCACAUUCUUGGAAUACAGCGGCCUUGUUUGCAAAUCGCAGUAAGCCAAACUGUGUCUUCCUGGGACCAUGCAAAGUGGAGAGGAACUCGCACUCAUUUUGCUGCUACCAGGUCCUUUUAGUCUUGGCUACAGAUCAUGGUUAAGGAGGGGAGAGCUUAACUGCAGCUUCAUGCUCAGAUGAUACGCAAUCCCUGUGCUAAAAGGACCAGGGAAGAGGGAAGUAGGUGUGAGCAUCAGUUCAUAAGCCAGCAUGUUUGCCGGGUACCAAUAUGCCAUAGUUUGGUUCACCAUGCAAACAAGGUCUGUAAAUGUUUGUUAACAACAGGCUAAUAAAAUAAAAAUAUAUACCUAAUCAUACAUAGAUGGGAAUGACUAAGAAUUCUGACUAUAGGAGCCAACCCCUAGGGGCUAUGGGGUCUUUGCCCCCCCAAUAAAAUAUUUGAAGGGGCUGCCCCCCCCCAAGUUGAUGGGCAUUGCCAUUCAAAUGGUGUGCAUGCACCACAUCGUGUGCUUGAUUAUGCAGGGUGGGACCUACCUGGGCCCCCUAAUAUUUUAUUCAAGUUGGUACCCCUGAUUCUGACAUCCACUUUAUACCUUUUGCUUGAUACCUUAGUUUCCCAUGUGGAAGAAAAGGUAGAUAUGGUGCAUCAUGAGGUCAUAAACUGGCAGUCAGUAAGCAUGGUAUAUUAUAACUUCUCAAAACAGAGAUGUUUCUGGAGAGUGGCAGUCAGAACAAAAAGACUGAUUGUCAGUACUUUGGAUAUAUCUUUAUAUAGCUACAAGUGUAGGCAUGUGGCUUCUAUAGGUUUGUUUAGAUGAAUGAAGCCAGUCUCUGCAAGACCAUAUUCAUUUUCAUAUUGCUAUAGCAACUGCUGCAGUUCUGUGUCAGUUCUCAUUUUCAGAAGGAGGGAUCUUUUUGAUUUGUUUUUCAUUCUGUUCAGUGUUGGCAGUUUAGAACCAAGCUUGUCAGCGUAGAAAUUCAAUCUGCACUUGGACGCGUCACAGUAAAGAGAGCUAUCACGAGCCAUUUUGUUCAGAUUUCUUAUUUUUAGCCAUUUGCCCCACCUUAGACCAAUUUAGAAAAAGACACAUGAUAACAUGAAUUCAUUAAUGAGUUAAUUUCUGCGGAGAAUGUUCUGGAUGCAACAAUUUUCUUUUCAAUUGCAGGUUUAAAAAUACAAGCACACAGUCACAUCUCACUUUCUCACCUCCAUGUACUAGAAUUGUUGAGCCUUUGCUAAAAUUGGAUGAACCAAUCAGUUCUGUUCAGUAUAAAUUUGGAACAUUUGUAUGUUAGAAUGCCUCUGUGUAAUCUGCAUCCUACAGGGAAGCAGAAGCAUGCAGUUUCCUUUUUCUUCUUUAUGAUGGAAUCAAAGACUCCUGGUGUAUUUUUUAUGCCAAAGAUAUGCAUGGGCUCAACUUCUACACACACACUAGCUCUGAGGAAAAAUGGAUGCUUACUAUAACUAAAAGAUUAAAAACAUCAUGUUGAAGAGAUGACCCUUAGUUUCUGAUUUGUUAGAAUGCAUCCAGGCAUUGCUCGUAAUAUGUGUAUCAUACCACAUUUGGGGUUCUCUUCCUAAGAUCCUUCAGUUACCCCCAAUGCAGAGCUCUGGAUGAAUCUCAAGAUGUACAUGAAACACUUUAAGCAGGCUGCCUUGUUCACUUUCUUGCUUCAUGAACAUGACAGGAUAGACAUGAAAGUGUCUGUUGCUUCCAUUGAAAUGAAUGGGGCAUUUAGAGGCUGGGGGAUGCUAUCUGUGCAUUAAAGUUCGUACACUUGCUUUGUUUUGCAAGGAUGCCUGUCUCUAACGAAAGCUUUGAGAAGUUCAGGCAAGUGCAUGCCGUUCACAAGAAGCUGCUGCAGAAUUGCAUCUCUUGAUAUUGCAGUCGAAUUUGAACCCGCAGUCUUUAACAAGACAUUAGUAGGAAAUUAUAGUGAAUGGUCUUCUUUCUUACCAAGUGCUGUUUUGCCCUCCAGAAAAGCACUGAACACCUUCCGUGCUGUAAUUUAAGGCUGAGUCAUUAUUGAGUAACUAGCACGAUGCAACAAUUACUUUUAAUUGUUAGCAUUUAGUGUCUUACCCAGUGCAUUCACUUUAUUUUCAACUAAUUAGCUCUCUCUAGCUACUAGUAACACAGUGGAGGCACACAACAAAAAAGAGUGCAGAUAUGUGAAAGUUUAACUUAAAGAUUGGUGUUCAUUCAAAUGUAAAAAUAAAUAAAUCUGCAGAAGUCAUUCUGGUUUCCUGGCAUGUGUGCUUGCCAAUAAGUCCCACUGCAUCUAGUAGAGCCUACCCCAUUCUAAGGAUCUCUGCCAGCAGUAGCCAGUAUAAUCCCUCCAAAUAAGGCGUUUCAGAAGUGGAACUCUGCUAAGCAAAUAUCCAUUGGAGUCUAAGCUAGCCCAGCAAGCCUCAAGUUGCAGUGGGAGGCUUGAGUCUUCCCUGGAAUUGGCAUAGCAAGUAAAAAAACACCCCACUGCUUUCUCAACCAAUAUGUGCAACAGGGCUGCGGAUUCUGGCAGCAACUCUGCAGUUCCUUUAGGUCCUAUUGCUAUCCAGCUGGGGUUAUGGUUGUACCCUAAGCCUAUAAGAAACAAUUUUAUUCAAAGCUGCACAAAGGCCAAAACCAGAAAAGGCUAGUUUAGGUAAAUGCCACGAUGAAGAGUUCUAAUCAGGGAGAAGUGCAGUCUCCCAAAAGAUUAAGCAGAAUUGUUACAAAAGGUAUGUGGAAAAUUCAGGACAGAAAAAACCCAACCCCGUGUAAAAUUAGUUCAAGCAGCAAAAAUGAAAUCUAAAAACAAAAGUUUUGCUUUCUCUUGUGUUCCACAGAAGAGGUAAGUUACUACAGAAAAUGGUUUUGGGGUGAAACUGCUUGCUAAGAUGGAGAAUAGUGAAGAAACAUGGAAUAACAUGAAAGCUUUUCAACCCUCCAACAUUCCAGUCCCCUUUACUACUUGCUGAUUGGUUCUACUCUUCUCCAUCUCAUUUGUUUAGAACAGAAUUUUAUUUAUGAACUGGUAAAUGGUAGGUCCGGAGUCACACCACUUGAGUGUCCAUGAUAAAGCUUUCCUUUUUCUUGGGGCACCUGAUGUGAUCCUCGGGUCUUAUAAGAUGCAUUCUGGGCCAGAACCAUAGGAAAUAUCCAAACUUUUGACCUGGUCACCUUGGCAAAAAUGUGUCUGUCUUUUCCCUCCUUUAUCUAUCCUAUCUCUGAAUUCAGAAUCCAGAGGCUCAGGCUAAGAAAAAUCUCUGCCACUAAGACCGACAUUCAGGCUUAAGCCAGGAGCCAGUUUAUUGACCAAGGUUUGUUCCAUGGAACAAUUGUUUGCAUCAUGGAUGCAGCUUUUCCCUUAUCCCACCCCCCAAAUCAGCUUUAUUGGUAGAAAAUCAACUUCAGUUAACAAGAACAAUAGAAGGUUCCUGAGAAUUGCACUGGCUUUGCCUUUCGUCGAGUAACCUGAAAACUCAUAUCUGCUGAGAAGAAUGCAAAGAAGCUCUAGUGUCACAGAUUCACUCUAGAGCUCAUUGACUCUGUUGGGAGCAAUCAUCACCAGUGGCGUAGCGUGGGUUGUCAGCACCCGGGGCAAGGCAAGUAAUUUGCGCCCCCUAACCCGUGGAUUUGCGCCCCCUAACCCUAACCCCCAGAAGUUGCGCCCGGUGCGGCCGGCCCCACCUGCACCCCCCACGCUACGCCACUGAUCAUCACGGGUGGUUGCUGCAUCCAGUAGCUUGGAUCUGCAUUUACUGAAAGUUUUCUACUUUCUGGGACUUUUGUUCAGUAUCUGGAAAGCUAACUCUUAACCUGCUUUUAAAAUUGAUACAUCUUUUACUUUUCAAGGUUCUAAGAGUCAGAAACAUGUUCUAAGGCCAGAAUCACUUGAAGGUACAGAUGAGGAAGAUCCCGUUACUGCCCUGGAAUGGGACCCUCUCUCUACAGAUUAUCUUCUUGUUGCAAAUCUGCACAAUGGAAUUCGUCUAGUUGAUUCGGAGUCUCUGUCCUGCAUUACAGUCUUUAGUUUCCCUAGUGCAGCAGCAUCUGUGCAGUGCUUAGCAUGGGUUCCUAGUGCUCCUGGAAUGUUUAUCACUGGAGGUAAAUAAAUAUUUUCACACAUUGUUUUAUGAAAUAGUAAGAUAUGUAAUGCACAGGCACAAUCCAGAGCCAUGAAUGCCAGUUGGUUAUUUCCAGUUUACCUCAAUAGAAUGUGAUUUAAAUUGUGAGUUAGCUAAAGGUGAGGACAGAACAUUUGAAGAGUGAUAGAAAUGGCAGCCAGCAGCAUCCCUGCCCUGAAAACAUAUGCAACUAUCUCUUGUCUUGGAAGCAAAUUAUGGAAAGGGGAAAAGAAGGUUCUGUGGGGGUUUGAUCUAGUUUGGGUUAAAUUGGGUGGUGAGGGGAGAAAAGCUGGCUUUGGUAAAAACUAUUCAUAACAAUGCCAGCACCACUUUCCUCUCCUGUUCUCAUCCUUGUUCAUGGAACAGUUUUGUAUCUGGUUUAGGAAAGUUAAUUUGCUCAGUGUGUGUAUAUAUACCUCUUGAAAACUAGAUAACUCACACGAUACACAAGAAGAGGGAACAGACUGAGGGCUAACACACUUUCUUGGCAUGAAAGCAUGCUCUGUUUGCUGGUGUGCAUGCUGUAACCCUAGUUGGGAAACCAGGCUCACACACUGUGUGAAAAUAGGUGAAGACCAAUGCUAUUUUUCCAGGAAAAGAGGUGCUAGAACUCGCCAUGAAUGCCUCUCUUGUUCUCUUAUAACGGCAAUGGCGUCUACCUGAAAGGUGCUAGAACUGAGUUCUGGUGAGUUCUGGCUGAAAAGCCCUGGUGAAGACAGACAACACUCAUGAAACAGGACAUGGGCUCUGUUUGUCAUAUUCUGUUCAUGACUUGUGUUAUGUUUAGCUUGUCUACCAAGAAAUAUGUAUACAUAAAUAUGUACAAAAUAUAUUGCAGUUGUUAAAUUUUUGAUCAUUGGACUAGAUGGAUAGAACUUUUUGAACUGAUAAUCAGAAAAGAAAUGGGAUUUUUCUCUUAAUACAGAUUCUCAAGUUGGUGUGUUGCGUGUCUGGAAUGUGUCACGUACAACACCAAUAGAUAAUUUUAAAGUGAAGAAGACAGGUUUCCAUGGCUUACAUGUUCUUAGUUCUCCCCCAAAGAAAAAAUGUAAGUAUCUUUAAAAAAACAAAAAUCACAAGAAAAAAUGUGCCUUUUCCUUUUCCUAACUUUCCCUUUUCUGUUUGCACUUGGAAACUCUUUGCUGUUCAGCACAAUUUAUAAGCCACAGUGGCAUGGCUUGUCAGGAUUGAGGAGCCUGCUACUUUGUGCUGCCCUGUUGCUCCUGCUUCGCUCCUUCUCUGGUAUCAGCAGGAACAACAGGCCAUGAAGUGUUGACUUUUUGUUACUUCUGAAUACAGGGUUAUUGGUUGUUUCUUCCAAAUAAUUCACUGUCAUGGAGCAAUGGCUAGUACAGACUGCCUAAUCUUGGUAAACCAUAGUUUAUUGUUAUGUGUGAUCUGGGUCAAUAUAGGCUGUAUAGUCUUCCAAAACACAAUUUAAAACACAUAUGCACAUUAGGAAUUCCUCUUUAAGGAUUAUUGGAAUACUUCAGAGAGUCUCAUUUUAUAAUUCAAAAUGCAUGUCAGUAAGAAGAUUUGAAAGCAUGCUAGUUAAGAUGCCUUACAAUGUGUUGAAAGCUCACUGAUCCCUGAGUGCUCCAUUUUGUCCUCCUGUUUUUCUCCCUUUCGCCCCCUCACCAACCUGCAAUCCAUUCUGUUUACCAUCCUUUCUUUGUCUUAAUUGCUGUAACACCCUUCGCCAAAGGCAGUAAUGUGAUGAGUCUUCUGGCUGUUUAAGGGAGGGGUGCCAUUUGAGAGAAUCAUACCAGGAGUGCUUUUCCUACCUGGGUCUCCUUUACCUGUGCAAAACCAGCAUCCCAUUUUGUUUCUACCAGGCUAAAAUGGUUUGGGAGAGGCAUUAAUACUUCUCUUUUUUUGAAUUUGCAAGAAGAGUAUUGGGUCAGCUGAGAGUGAAACUAAAGGUGACAUUAAUUAUGUGAAUAUAACUACAGUAAUUUUUUACUGUGUAUUUUUUGUACACGACAUUUUACUGUACAUUUUAACAGCACAUUUUUUGUUACAUAAAUAGCAGCUGAGGGGAAACCUGAGCAGCUUUGGAAUCAUGGGGAGGGGGAGUUUAACUUUUUAUCUCCUGACAAAAUCAUCCCUCAGAAGCUGCUAUUUGCAUUUCAAGAGGAGUCACUUUCAUGUCCUCCAAAGUGGUAUAUUCCAAGGGAAUAUGUGUAUUUGUAUUGAAUUCUACUUCUCUGUGUUGCUGACAUCUUCAAACCUACUAAUGUGCCUUCCUCUCCUAAUUAUUCCCACUGGCCCGAUCUUGCAUCAUUUCACAUCUCCUCUGUAUUGUCAACAUUGGAAACAAAAGCUGAUUGCAUAACAAAGUCAUAGUAUCCGAGUCAAUGUAUUAAAUGUGUACUUCUUACCUGCUAAUAUGUUUGAUUAGUACUAAAUUUUCUGUUUUUCUUACAGUAGUCAAGUGGUGCAUAUAGGCAUAUAUUCUGAUUUUAAGAGAAUUCAAUAGCUUAUUGUUGAAACUAACUGGAUAGCUGGUGUAGAGUAGUGGGCUAUGAGCAGAAACUCUGACUGAAGUGCUUGCCGAUCGGAAGGUUAGCAGUUCAAAUCCACACAAUGGGGUGAGCUCCCAUUGCUGUAUCCCAGCUCCUGACAACCUAGCAGUUCGAAAGCAUAACAACACAAGGUACCGCUGUGGCGAGAAGGUAAACGGCACUUCCGUGCACUCUUGCACUCGACAUGGUGUCCGUUGCACCAGAAGUCAUGCUGGCCACAUAACCCAGAAAGCUGUCUGCAAACAAACGCCAGUUCCCUCGGCCUGAAGCAAGAUGAGUGCCACAUCCCAUAGUCAAAUUUGACUGAACAUAACUGUCCAGGGGGUCCUUUACCUUUUAUGAAAAAUGUUCUGACUACUUAGAGAAAAUGCUAUAAUUACUGGAAUUAUUAUUAUUAAUUAAAUUUCUAUACCACCCUUCAUCUGAGGAUCAUGGUGAUUUUUAUAAACAAAAAUAAAAAUACAAAACAUAGUAACAAACGAAAACAAUACCCCCCCAACAGUUUAAAAGGCCAUAGAUUGUUUAAUUAGUCAGAGGACUGGGAGAAGAGGAUUGUUUUCGCAUGGUGCUUAAAGAUAUGUAGCGAAGGUGGCGGCCGAGCCUCCCCAGGGAGAACAUUCCACAAGUGGGGGAGCCACCACAGAAAAGGCCCACGCUCAUGUUGCCACCCUCUCGUCCUCAGAUGAUGAUUGAAGGGUCCAGGUUGGUUCAUGGGGGGAGAGGUGGUCCUUGAGGCACUGCAAGUCUUUCUGUUAAAAUAUAAUUAGUAUUAUGAUGCUAUGUGAAUUAUCAGUUCUGCUUUCUGUGACUGAAAUUAAUACUCUUAGUAAAAAAGAACUUCUCAUCAGCUGAUUUUAUAAAUUUAUUGUACUAAAUCUCUCUGUGCCAUAUGCUUCAGUAAGAUAACACUUGUUUCUGAAGGAGACAGCUGGACUGAGAAACUAAAACAUUUAAGGAAAAGAAAGUUUAGGGCUUCAAAGUACUGGAGAGUAAAUUAGGAAAUUCUCAUACAUAAGAAAUUCUCAGAUGUAAGAAAUAAAUCAGAUAGGGGUUAAUUGCCGCAAUUUCCCAAGAAAUGUAGUUCCCAGUAGCAAGUGGACAAUACUUUGUUUUAAAUGUAGCAGAACAUAAAACUUAUGCUAAUAUGUUUUAUCUUUUUAAUUCAGCAUUUUCUUCACAGUCUCCUACCAAAAACCACCACAUGUCAUCUACAAGUGAGGCUGUUCCACCUCCAACUCUAACACAAAACCAAGCAUUUUCUCUCCCUCCUGGGCAUGCUGUCUGCUGCUUUAUGGAUGGUGGAGUGGGACUUUAUGACAUGGGAGCCAAGAAAUGGGAUUUUCUUAGAGAUCUGGUAUGUUUGCUCUUCUUUCCAGUCUUUGAACUUGGCGUCACUUAAGGUAUUUAAAAUCUUCAAGUGAUGUGCCCUAACUGUUCCUGGGGAUGCUUUCACUUGAAGAAUAUUGUAUGUCAUUGGGGCUGUCUGUGGAUACAGAUGUUUCUCCCAGCUGCAAUUUCCAAGCUCAAGGUUUUCUACCAGCAAAAAUCAUGAGUAUCAGAAGCAUUCCCAAGGGGAUAUUGCUAUGUCCAUGUGUUCGUUCCUCUAUCUGCACUUACCCUAGUGAUAGAGGAAUACCUUGUGGAGAAUACUUUUUGAACAUGUAAAGUAGCCCAAAUAGAAAUAAUUAGUUUGUGUGCUAAUAAAUAGGCUCUUUGCUUCCUUCUUCUUUGAAGGGACUUGGAAAACUACAGUAGAAGUGUUAUCCGGAAGCGGCAUGCCAGAUUGGAUGGAGCCACUUUGCUAGAUUCCCAGGAUAAUGGGGGGAGGAGGCAGCAGGAAGGUCAGCGUGAUUUAAACGCUGUGGCAGGAGUGCUAGAUUAGCUCUGAUGGUGUGUUUGCAUUGCACCGACCUUCCCACUGCUUCACCCUUUCCCCUCCUGGUAAGCAGCAGCCACCAGCCUGCCAGAAAGCUAAUGUAGCUUCUGCACCCAACCUGGCAAGCCUCUUCUGGUAUCAGGCCUCUUCUCUUGUAACGGGGCUUUCUCUUGUUGCUCUAGGGUCAUGUCGAAACCAUCUUCGAUUGUAAAUUCAAGCCUGACAACCCUGACCUCCUAGCUACCGCAUCCUUUGAUGGAACAAUAAAGGUGUGGGAUAUAAAUACUUUAACUGCUGUCUACACUUCUCCUGGUAAUGAGGGAGUCAUAUACUCCCUUUCAUGGGCUCCAGGUGAGAAUAUUUUCACUUAGAAAUAACUAAAGUUUCAUAUAGAAAAGAGAAUGCUUCUCAGCUAAGAUUGGUGGGUAUCCAGAGUUAUGUAUAUUUGGUAACUUCAUGCCAAAAAGAAAAAAGAAAAAAGCACAGCUCGGAGCAAAAGAACUGCAAGGGUUCUUGCAUUUAUGGAAUGUUGCUUUUCCACUACAGCCUCCGGUGAGGAGCCCCCUCAAAUGACCUCUGAUGUAGUGUGAGUCUUGCAACUGGGUUGGGGGCAGGAAUAUAGUACCUGGCACAAACUUCAGCUUUGUUUUUAUGGUUUGGGGGAGUUUUUAAAAAGCAGAUUCAUAGUCUUUGUCAUUUCAAAACUGCUUUUAGAGGUGUGUCAGCAGUGCCUGGUGAAAUCUAAGAAGCUCAGAGGGGUACGGAAUAAGAUUUUUUUUAUUAAGAAAGAAGGCUUUAAUCUCCCACUACAUUUCUUUUCUGUGUCUGAUAGAGUCGUAUUGAAAAUGCACAAUAGCAAAUCAUUUAGAUGACAGUAUGAUUUCGAAUGGGAUGUGGGUGGCGCUGUUGGGAUGUGCGUGGUGCUAUGGGUUAAACCACAGAGCCGAGGACUUGCCGAUCAGAAGGUUGGCGGUUCGAAUCCCCGCAACAGGGUGAGCUCCCGUUGCUCGGUCCCAGCUUCUGCCAACCUAGCAGUUCUAAAGCAUGUCAAAGUGCAAGUAGAUAAAUAGGUACCGCUCCGGCGGGAAGGUAAACGGCGUUUCCGUGCGCUGCUCUGGUUCGCCAGAAGUGGCUUAUUCCUACUGGCCACAUGACCCGGAAGCUGUACGCUGGCUCCCUCGGCCAAUAAAGCAAGAUGAGCACCGCAACCCCAGAGUCGGUCACGACUGGACCUAAUGGUCAGGGGUCCCUUUAUCUUUACCUUUAUGAUUUCGAAAUAAGCGAAAUUAUGUAGAUGUUCUUAAUUUGCACAUUUCAUUUCGGUUGGAGAAUUCAGUUCAGGCUGGUGCAAAAUUUUGGUUACCUUGUAGAACUUAGAUUCUUCUUAUAAGUGCAAAGUGUACAUGGUGCUAUAUAUGAGUGAAGAGAAAAAAAUCAAAUUGCAGCACUAUUUUGUGCACAAAGAGAAAAUUGGUCAGAAAUGGGCUUAGCUGGGGCAGUUUGUAAAGGAAAGGAUCAAAAGAGCAAGUCAUGCCAAUUGUAAACACUGUGAACUGGUUAAGUCAUGGCAAAUAGGAGGGAGCAUGCUAUCUCCUUCUAAAUGUAGAAACAUACUAGGCAUGUUCCAUGAAGGGUAAAGAAGCUAAGGAAUCUUUAGAGGCAUGUGAGGAAAAAAGAAAAUCGGAAGGGGAAAAACCCUGACUGCUUGAGAAAAUAAUAGUGAAUGAGCAAAAUGGUUUGUGAUUCUUUGGUAACAUCAGAGGUAGAGCUGAAACUGAGUAUUAGGUAAACAGAACAAAGAGAUGCCUGCAGUGAAAAUAAGCAGAACUUUGAGGAAGUUUUUAUGGAAGAAUAUGAAAACAGCUGUUUAGAAGAGUCAAAGAGAAGGGAAGUUCAGGGAAGUUCUUUUAUUACAUCGCUAGUUCUGAGCCUUUAAUAGGUAAUAAGAAAAAUAGGAUAAAUAAGAAUAUAGUUAACCUUCUUUCUAUCCAAUGGACUCUUUCCUGAAGGAGACUUGAACUGCAUAGCUGGUGGAACUUCCAGAAAUGGUGGCUUCAUCUGGGACGUCCCACGGGGCAAAAUGAUAACCCGUUUUAAUGAGGUAAUGUGAGUUUGGUUUUAAGUUCUUAUAACUGAGGUAAUAGCAGGAAGAUAAACAGUGUUUCUGUGCGCUCUGGCACUCGUCAGAAGCGGUUUAGUCAUGCUGGCCACAUGACCCGGAAAGCUGUCUGUAGACAAAUGCCGGCUCCCUUGGCCUGAAAGCGAGAUGAGUGCCGCAACCCUAUAGUCGCCUUUGACUGGACUUAUCCUUCCAGGGGUCCUUUACCUUUACCUUAUAGCUCCCACUAAUGCUUGUUUAAGGAAAUGUUCAGUUAGUAUGUGUACCAGUAACCUGAUCCUAAGAGCUAUUAAACUUUAGCUGCAAAACUAUAACAAAAUUCUAGGCCAAAAGUGAAACUUUUGUGACUUAUUUAGUCAAUGAUGAAAAAUACCCCUCCUCCAGCAAUUUGGUGGGGAACACUUUAGAAUAAAAGUGUCCACUUACCUUUUUAAAAAAAUAAAUAGAGCCAAACAAUCUUGGGGAAUGAACAGACAGUAGUAAAAGUCACAGUGGGGAAGGUUUGCCGGUUUCCCAUCAUGCACACCUUCCCCUGGGGACAUUUCAGUCAUCCUAAAAAUGCUACUUUUAAGAUAAAAAUAUUGUGUUUUCUGUGUAUCCUCAGUUAAAAAUUGAAGUGUUGCAGAUUCAAGCAGUGGUGGUCUUUUGGAGUCUUACUUAAACAUUUCAAUAAGGAGUGAGAUCUAUGCCUAAGGGCAUAUAGAAAUAGUCUUGGAGCCAGACUAGAUGUGACACUAAUUGUAUGAAUACAGUUUUUUAUGUAUCUAGCAGUCAUGAAAUGGCUUGAACAGCCUUGGAUCAUAGGGUUGAAGCGCUUAUAAAUGUGUUCCUGCCCUGGUGCCAGGAAAAAUAAUCUCUCACAAGCUGUUUUUUGUGUUUUAAGAGAACCUUCAAUUGGCAGAAAGAGAAGUAGUUCAACUUCCCAUCUCCCAAGACCUUUAAAACUCCUUCCUGGCUAUUGUUUGCAUAAUGAAAACAUGUGUUAAUUGCAUCCACACAAUUCAAGUUGCAUCUAGUUUCCUCAUUGUCUGGAAUUCAGAAAAGCACUAGUAUUAUGAUUGUGCAUCUAAAUGUUUACUCUUGGGUUAUUAUUUUAAAAGGUGGAAUUUUAGAGUUUGCAAACUGUUGUUUAAAAUCUUUAAAGUUCAAAAGAUACUCUUAACAUGCUGUUGGGGAACUGAUUAAGGUUGUAUCUAUUCAUCUUCAUUUGGCUAUAACUCUCCAGUCUUCGCCUCAGUUCUUAAGACAGAAAUUACUAGAAUCCAUUAGCUUUCUGUUUCAUCCUCUUUCUUAUCAUGAAGAACGCAAAAAUAUUACCUAAAAGAGGCCACACCCUGUCAUUACAAAAUGCCUCAUGGGAGCAGGGGUUAUGUUUGCUUAAAGGCUGGUAGAAAAUAUUGAUUACUCCUACUUGGAAAAGCGGGGUGGGGAGUCAUAAGAAAAGUAUAUAAAUAAGAAAAAAAGGGGUGAAUUAUUUCUUAUUGAUAGGCAUUUUACAUUUUUUGAAGCACGGAAAGAGUGGAAUCUUCUGCAUUGCAUGGAGUCAUAAAGAUUCCAAAAGGAUAGCAACCUGCAGUGGAGAUGGAUUCUGGUGAGUGCUAUUUUUAAGACAACUCUAUGAAAAUUUAUGCGACAAAUAGCAAAGCAUUAUUUGAUUUGACUACUACCUGGCAAAUGUGAAUUUGAUCCUAUCUACUGAUAUGGAGGUGCAUGCUCCAGAAAUCUUGUAGUGUGAUUUCAGUCACUUGUCACUAUUUUUAAACAAAAAUGUUGAUUAUUUCCAAUCUCAGCACUGUAGUUUGCCAGUGCUAAGUUUGCUUUGAUUGCAGCUAUACAGUCUUUGAAUGUGGUUCAGAAGGCAGUAGACUUCUCUCCAGUCUUAGUGCUGUGGAAUCACACCAUUAUGGCAGCAGCAGAGGCUUAACUCUGAUUUUGGCACUUAGUCCUUAGAUGGGACAUAUCAUAUCUCUGCGGAUGAUGUCAUAUGAUGUAAGGUAACUGACAGGAGGGCUUUGCUUGCCCAACAUGGCCUUGCAUGCCAAAAUUCAGAGGCCUUACAGCCUAAUUAGGCCUAUAGGCUGUAAGUUCUCCACUGAUAUAUCACCACUGAUAUACAUUGUGACGGUAUUAAUUGAUUUAAUUUUCUGGCAAAAUGUAAAUGGAUAGCAGGCAUUGUCAUAAAGUUGCAUGUCCCAACAAAGGACAAAUAUGUGAUUUUUUAAAAAUGUGGUUAUAACGUGGAACUUUUCAUAAAAUCAUAGUUCCCUGAUGAACAGACAUACAGACCUAAAACAUAUUGUAUCACUGUGGAGGAUUAUUAAAUUUAUAUAAUUUUAACUUAGCUUUUGGGCUAACCCCAUUUGUUCUGUGUAGUUGCUGCUGUGACUCUCUUUCUGUGCUUCCAAUUUUCCCCAAAGUGCCAUGACAAACAAAUAAAACCAUGUAAAUACAAAAUUAUAAAUCUCUGAUUUCCACAUUCAAUUCAUUCAGCAUUAUUCGGACCAUUGAUGGCAAAAUUCUCCACAAGUACAAACAUCCAGCUUCAGUUUUUGGCUGUGACUGGAGUCAGAACAACAAGUAAGUACUUUCAUAUAAUUAACUUCAUAGUGAAUUAUAAAUGUUAGAAUAAGCUUGUUUCAGAAUUAAUGUAGCUAGAAUAAUGUAAUGGUUUUAGUGUUAUCUAGCUCAGUAGGAUCAAGUAAAAGGCAAUAUGUUCUGUAUCAGGUCAGUCUAGAGCUGAGAAUUUAUAUCCUUGAAAGACUUGGCAGUGUCAAAUUCCAGUUUGAUUUCUGCCAGUUAUUGUACUGUGCAUGUGCUGUAAAGUAGUCAUGCUGUCACUCACUUUUUAUGGGGCAUCUACAAAAAACCAAUAGCAACAUUCUCCUCUCACGUUUUCCCUGUCCAGCUGUUUUGUGUCCUAUCCCAUGCACCCGAGUUCCAAAAAAAGACUUUUUAAAAAGUCGGUAAAAUUGUUGCACAUUUUCCUUGGGUAUUGAUGGUCUAUUGUGAUGCUAUUCUGACCAGCUACGACAUCUCUACAGGCUGUAGCUGUUCCCUUGACUAGUCCACAUAUUUCCUUCUCUGAUCUUUAUCUUCUCUCUAGGAUUCAGGUCCAUCACUUCAACCUUCCCUUCUCAAAUUGCGUUGUUUUUAUAUCCACUCCCAGUCCUGGCUGCAGUAAGGGGGCGGCACUUGAUUUCUCUGGUUUUGUUGUUGUUGUUUAAAGAGAUUCAACUAAUUUGAAAACAGGAUGACUGCUACAGUUAGAUGUUUAAAAUGAAAAUGUAAUAAUGCAGGGCAAGUUUUCAAAAUGUCUUGUUACAUUUAUGUGUGCCUUCUGCAGCUGAUGACUGUACUAUAUUUUACAGAGAUAUGAUAGCCACUGGAUGUGAAGAUAAAAAUGUCCGUGUCUAUUACCUAGCGACUAGCUCUGAUCAGCCACUGAAAGUAUUCAGUGGGCAUACUGCCAAAGUGUUUCAUGUAAGAUGGUCUCCUCUGAGGGAAGGGAUCCUCUGCAGCGGUUCUGAUGAUGGGUGAGCAUAUUUGGCUGAAAUUGCGAUGGUGGGAUUAGCAAUGCAAAAAAAAUGGUUUUUAUCCAUAACACAACUUUUCCCACUUGCACUCUAGCUGCCAUCCAGCCUGUUUCAUUGACCUUAGCUUACCGGUGUACCAAAGUACAGAAUGCACUCCACAGUGCUGAGAGAGGGCACUUGAGAGCAACCGUGUCAAGACCCUGAGACCUCUCUGUGCCGCAGCAUAAUGACAAGGGUCGCCUGCUCUAUCUACUGGAAACUCCACCAGGGCAUUCAGUAAUCCAUUGGAUUCCAUUAGCUUCCGAGCACAGAUCUUCUUAAUCUGCCCACCAGCCUGCAGGGUAGGAUUAGAGCUGUAAAUCCAAACUUCACAAGGAAAUGAUCUGACCCUUACAACAGGGUGACAUCACCACUCAUCUCCAGACCUCAACUCCCUCCAUCUGGAGCAGAAACCCAAUUGAGGGUGUGGCCUGCCAUUUGUGUCGGACAACUUGAGACAUCCCCAUGGCCAUCAUGGAAACCCAUGGAAUCUCGAGUUUGAAUGCUAGGGGCAGCCUCAGCAUCGAUAUUCAAUGGAUAUCAAAGUUCUCCUUCUGGACUCUGUCAUGGCUGCAAAAAAGUUGAGGUGUACCUCUUAACUGUAUGAAAAUUCAGGCUGAGAGAAAGCUGAGCAUCACUGAGGUCAUUGCAGUAAUUAGGCAGCAGUCUAGAUUAUCUGUGAGCAACUAGAAGAAAAGUAGAGAAAUCAAAGUGGCAAACUGCACUUGUUGGAUAAAAUAUAUAUCACUUUUUAAAUGCAUCACGUGUUGCCCAUAGUGCAGUCUGCAUGAACAGUAGAAGUAGAAGAGGAGGUUAAGGGGUGAUAUGAUAGCCAUGUUCAAAUAUAUAAAAGGAUGUCACAUAGAGGAGGGAGAAAGGUUGUUUUCUGCUGCUCCAGAGAAGCGGACACGGAGCAAUGGAUCCAAACUACAAGAAAGAAGAUUCCAUCUAAACAUUAGGAAGAACUUCCUGACAGUAAGAGCUGUUCGACAGUGGAAUUUGCUGCCAAGGAGUGUGGUGGAGUCUCCUUCUUUGGAGGUCUUUAAGCAGAGGCUUGACAACCAUAUGUCAGGAGUGCUCUGAUGGUGUUUCCUGCUUGGCAGGGGGUUGGACUCGAUGGUCCUUGUGGUCUCUUCCAACUCUAUGAUUCUAUUAUAGUGGUAGCUUCUGAUUGGUUGUGUUAUGCAUCGUUUGCUAUAACAGUUCUGUAUGUUCAUCAGCCAAAUUAGGCCUCUCCAGCAGUGCAAUUAAAAAAAAAAAGAGAGAAAAAGGUGAAGACCUGAAGAGGAUGGGGAAGCUGAAAAAGGAAAUACUGUGUUAUGGAAAGCUUCACAUGCAGUUGUGACAAUGUUACAUUUGUGUGUGUGGAUGGCAGCAAGAGUAAAACAUGACAGUCUGCUGCAAUGCUCGUUCCACUGAUGAGCAUGGAGUAAAUAAACUUCCUUCCUAGUAAAUCAGGAAUUAUUCACUGUGGAGAAUCACUGCAUUAGGACAACUCUUUCACACAGGUCUCUUAAAUUUUAUAUAUGUCAUUAGUAAGGGAAAGUAAGUGUGAAUGACUGUUAUGGUGUUAGCAAUUCUUGUAGAUGUUCUUCUGGUGUUAUCUGGAUUUUUUUAAGAAAGAGUUUUGUCUAGAGAUGUUCAAGCACUGCAAUGAAACUAUUUCACUUCUUUCUUAACAGCACUGUUCGAAUAUGGGAUUAUACGCAAGAUGCUUGUAUAAAUGUUCUUAGUGGACAUACAGCACCAGUACGGGGAUUGCUGUGGAAUACAGAAAUACCUUACUUACUGAUAUCGGGCAGCUGGGAUUAUACAAUCAAAGUGUGGGAUACAAGAGAGGGAACCUGUCUGGACACAGUGUAUGAUCACGGUGCAGAUGUCUAUGGUAAUAUAUUUUAAUGUUUGACAUUAAUACAUUUUCAGUAGUUUUUGUAUGCUAAAAAAUUGUCGUUCAGUAUUUUAAAACAAAUUUGUUACAAUGUAUUUUAGGAUUAACAUGCCAUCCUAGUCGUCCCUUCACUAUGGCCUCUUGUUCACGAGAUUCUACUGUGAGGCUUUGGUCUUUAACACCUCUAAUAAAUCCUCUCCAGAUAAAUAUAUUGGCAGACAGAUCAUGGGAUGAGAUUAUCGGAAACACUGGUGAGUAAAUAUACACAUAUAUGUGAGCGAUGGAUAGAUAGAUAGAUAGAUAGAUAGAUAGAUAGAUAGAUAGAUAUAGAUGCAUGCUGACUAGGAAUAUACAAAGCUAUCACUUUAUUUCCACAUUUUCCACUCAUCCUCUCGCAUGUUCACAGAAGGUUUUGUGGAGAGUCUUGGAUAUUCUUGCUUUUCAAGUCAAUUUUUGCACAUACAGGAGUCUUAUGUACCUACUCACCCCCAGCUGAAAUAGCAGUAAUGGCAAUUUAUGUGCUUUACACCACCGGUUUGUUUCAUGCAAGUACACUGUUUCUGUAUUGGUCACAAUUCUGGAUGCAGCACAAUUUUUGUGCCUUUUCUUGAUGUACAAAAGCAUAAAACAAUUUGAAAAGUUGGAUCUGCAACUACACGGACUAUCCUGGAGACUGACAGCUACAAGCUAAAAAUUACCGAUUUGCUUGCUUACGUUUGUGCACAUUAAACAUUACCCAUAUAUAGCUCUAGUUGUGUGUAGUUUCACAUGAUUGUGCAUUGAGGUGUGCAUCUCAUUGAGCAUCGUUUACUGACAAGCAUCCCACAUUCAGGGAUGAAUGCUAAUGUGCAUUCAGCUUGCUAUUUUAUCCCUUUCCACCUGGCUUGUGGAAGCAUUUGCCCAGUGGAUAUGCCAGUUAGUUUCUCAUCACAUUGGAAGGUAAAUAAGAGAUAAUGGAGCAUUCAGGACCAUUGCCCACACCAGCAGAACACCAUAUGUGGUAGUAAUCACACUUGCUGGGUUUACUGUGGAAUCCCUAGCUGCAAUUCGCAGGGUGCCAGAGGCCAACAACUAGACAUGCAAAUGUCCACCCAUGAGUGGACUUCGGAGUAUAGCCAUAUAUCCUCCACAUUGUCUUCUCUGUUUCUAACAAGGUGUAUAAAUAUUUGUUUUUAAUAGAUCGUGCUGUUGAAGUAGGUGCUUCUCCUUUGCUAUGUGGCAAAGUAUCUAGGGAUAUUAAACAAGAAGUAGACAAAUUGGCUGGUAAUCCCCGAGGGAGAAAACUGAGGUGGUUUUCCGAAUGUUUAUCAGUAAGUAUUAAAUAGUAAAAAAUUGUGUGCAUGUAAGAUGUAGCUAUAGAACUUUAGUCUCAAUGGGUUAGAUGCAAGGCUGCACUGUAAGUAUAAUAAACCUUUCACAAAAUGGUAUGUUUACUGUAUUAUAUAUUACCAAUGCAUUUUUCACACAUCUCAUUUGUUACAAAAAAUAAUAAACUUGAUUUGUCAUUUGGCAUAUGGAUCUCACAUCAAUUUAGGUGCACAAUAUAGCAUAAAUUAUGACUACCCAUGGGAGUUCUAACAUAAUCAGUGUUUUUAGUAGGGUUGGGUUGAACAGGGUAUGUAAGGUUAAUAAAUCUUUUUUUUUUUUAAUGAUAUUUAUUAAAGUUUCAAAGAAUACAAGAAUUACACAAAGACAAAAAAUAAAAAUACAAGAAAAUACAAAAUACAGAAAAAAGGAUAAAGUUUUUAAGAUAUAACAAAAAAAUGAAAAAUAAAAUGAAACAUACAAAAUAAAAACAGUUAAAAACACGUUAAUUUUCCAUGGCAUAUCUUCCUUAACUUAUUUCCCCGGACCUCCUCGUACCUCCCUUUUUUGUAUUCCAGUUCAGUUUGUUAGUUCAGCAAAUCCUUACCAUUAAGCUUUUACCCAUUUGUAAACCUUUUUUCGUAUCUCUUAAAGCAUUACAGCUGGAAACCACUUAGUUUCUAUCCAACAUCCUUCUAAGAUUUUACAAUAUUUCUGUAAAUAGUCUUUAAAUUUCUUCCAAUCUUCUUUCACCGACUCUUCUCCCUGGUCUCGGAUUCUGCCGUAAGGUUAAUAAAUCUUAUCACCAUCAAUGUUUAUUGCUUAUAUAUAGUAUUUCUAAGAUGGAAAGUACUUCAGAGUCUUCUACUCCCCUUAAAAUUACCCAGUGUUCCCUUUGUACAGAUUGGAAACUACCAAGGCAACUGUGUGUUCAUGGCCAGGUAGGGCUUGGCCAAGUAGAGACAGAAUCCCACACUGAAGCGAGAUUGGUUGGACAAAACAAGCUCACUGAGGCUACUGCAGCUGCUUCCACAAUUUCCUUUAAUAUAAGAGUGAAGGAUAAAUACUUUUGAAGAAAACUGACAGCCCCUGAGUUCAGCUGUCAUAUGCUUUUCCUCUCCUAUUAUAACGGAUGUAAUUCUGUGGAUCCAUUGUCUUAAGUUUAUACAAUGAUGCUGUGCUGUAAGUUAGUAUGUGGUGUGUAUUAUACCGAUUUAGUACAUUUAAGAGAUCUAGCACCUGUGUGGUAACACCUCGCUUUCACCUGGAUUCAAUAUUGGCUUGUUUAAUUUUGAAUUGACCUGUUUUUACUUUUGCACUGACUGGCAAACAUAAUCACUUUCAUUGCAGGUUUAAUUCUGAUAUGGCUUAAACAACAUUGUGUUCCAUUUUUUAUUGUUCCAGCCCCCAGGAGGCAGUAAAAACUUAUGGGAUCUUGUUGCUGUAAUAAAAGGCCAAGAUGAUAGCUUGCUUCCACAGAAUUAUUGCAAAGGAAUAAUGCACAUGAAACAUCUGGUUAGAUUUAGAAUGGUAAGUUAAAUAUGCUGGUUGAUGCAAUAGCUUUUGCUUCCUUUAUUACAAAAGAAAUAAGCUUUUGCUUAUUUCAUUUUGCUUCACAAGGCAAAAUGAUAUUGUGGAAAAAGAAAAUACAUGCAUUUCUUACCAUCUGUGGAAUAUGAACUUAAGAAUAACCCCCUUGGGAACAAGGGUUGCCUACAUUGUCAUGUGAGUCACUUAAUUUUCUCCUAACACUUGUGUUUCCUUGAGCCAGAGGAUUGCUUUAGCUCAGUGAGGUGCAGGCUUGCCUGCUCGUUUUGUUUGUUUAGUCUAUAUUCCUUCUCAUAAGAAUGAGUGGUUAUAAAUGGCAUGUGAACCCUCAGUUCAAUCAAAUUUACAACCAGAUUUCAGAAUAUAACAACUCAGUUUCCUUGUCUGUUUUUCUCAUUUGGUUGUAAAGAAUAUGUAUGUAAAGGUGUGUUUUUUUACCAAUAGGAAUUUCGUAAAGGAAUUUAUUCUGACAGUUUCCAUUGAGAAAUUGUUAUGGGUUUAACCAAUACGAGAUUAAGCACAAUAAAAUAUUUUACAACAGCGGAUACUCCUUAACACAGAAGUCACUGACCUUGUUUGGGGAAAGAGGUUGCCCACUUUGACCAGGCACAUCCUCCUACCCUUUCAGCCUUACAGGUCACCAGAGCUGAAAUAUCUGUGUUGGGGAGAUAAAGUGCAGCAGCAUUUCUGCUCUGCUUUAACAUCUCUUCAUUUCUGCUCUGCUUUAACAUGGAGAUUGAGGCCGUACGUUUGGGCAGUUUGUCAAGGCUUAACUCAUGUUAUAGGCAAAAACUUGAUGGGAUUUUUUUUCCCAAUUUUCAUCUUUCAGUCCAAAGCCCAAGAACUUACUACUGUGAAGAUGUCUAAGUUUGGAGGAGGAAUUGGUGCACCAAGCAAGGAAGAAAGGCUAAAAGAAGCAGCAGAGAUACAUCUAAGACUUGGGCAAAUUCAGAGAUACUGUGAACUUAUGGUGGAACUUGGACAGGUAAACACUACAUUAUGAUAUGAUAAAAGAGUUCAGUGUACACUUGAGAGGGGAGGGGAGGUGGCAUUUUCUCCCACUUCCCUGAGUUUCAGACCAGAUGUGAGUAUCACUCUGGAACAUAUAUAUCAGGCAUAGGAAGACAUGGCCCUCCAGAUGGUUUGGGAAUACAACUCCCAUCAUCCCUAGCUACCAGGACCAGUGGUCAGGGAUGAUGGGAACUGUAGUCUCAAAACAUCUGGAGGGCUGAGUUUGCCUAUGCCUGAUAUAUAUUCCUUCCAACUCAUUUGUUUAUAUAUUUAAUGACACAUGUGGACAAAUGAAAGCGCCCUGUGCGCUAGAUAUGCAUGACAAAGGUUCAAAUGCCUUCUGAAAGGUUGGGUUUUGUUCUGUGUUAAUGUUGCUGUAGUUACUGCUGUGCAUUUAAAAUACCCCAUUCGUGUGUUUAAGAAGCAUUUUUUGUAGCUAGUAUUGUUAUUAUUUGUACCUCAUAAUAACUAUAACAGUGCUAUUGCCAUGGGACUAAUGGUGCUGGAUUUUAUUUUUAUUUUGUCAACCUUGCUGAAACUUUUAAUAAACUGGCGUGUGUGUGUUUGUGUGUGUGAGAGAGAGAGCGCGCACACACACACCUCAUUCCCACAACUAAGCAUAUUGCUUACAUUAAAUGAGGUCUAUCAUAUUCAUGGGACGCAGGUGGCGCUGUGGGUUAAACCACAGAGCCUAGGACUUGCUGAUCAGAAGGUCGGCGGUUCAAAUCCCUGCAACGGGGUGAGCUCCCGUUGCUCGGUCCCUGCUCCUGCCCACCUAGCAGUUUGAAAGCACGUCAAAGUGCAAGUAGAUAAAUAGGUACCACUCUGGUGGGAAGGUAAAUGGUGUUUCCAUGCGCUGCUCUGGUUCACCAGAAGCGGCUUAGUCAUGCUGGCCACAUGACCCGGAAGCUGUAUGCUGGCGGCUCCCUCGGCCAAUAAAGCAAGAUGAGUGUUGCAACCCCAGAGUCGGCCAUGACUGGACCUAUGGUCAGGGGUCCCUUUACCUUUACCUUUAUCAUAUUCAUAGUUAGUAUGCUGUUGAUGUCUUCCAUAUAAAAAUAAUACAUUACAAGACAAAUGCAGGAUACCCAACCCACCCUGGGUUGCAAGUGAGAAUUGGUGGGCAGCCAGGAAGGAUUAAGAAUCCUUUCCUAUCUGAUGAUUAUCUCCUGCAAAUGUCCUCCCUUCUCUCUCCUGCAUUACUGUUAACCAGAAAAUGUAUUUUGAGAAAGCUGUGUCUGAAAAAGUUACAGUACUUUCACCCUUUAUGAUCUCUGGAAAAAAUUACUUCAAAACGACUGUAUUUUAAAACACUGUGAAGUAAACAUACAAUUCUUCAGUGAUUCUACUGUGAAGGGUAACAAAUGACGUACUGGCUUCUUAAGUGACAUCAUUUUUUCAGAUAGUACUCAUUUUUAAAUAGGAAUAGAAAGGGCUAAUUUGUUAAAGUUGUCCAUAUAAAGGGAAGAGAAUUAGAAAUGGAAACUGUUUUUCAAAAACCGUUGAGUGAUGCAUGUUUCUUGUGUUGAGAUGGAAAUAAUGACAUAUUCUGUGUUUUAGUGGGACAAAGCUCUCUCAGUUGCACCAGGGGUAUCGAUGAACUACUGGAAGAAAUUAAUGCAAAGGUAAGAUGCGAAUUCUAAUUUAAGUCACCCUUUUGUAUUAUGAGCCAUAGGCCUGAAUCCAACACAGAGUUUGGCAUGCUUAAGUCCACUGAUUCUUGUAGGCUUAAGGAAACUUAAUUCUGUGUUAGAUUCAGGAGUGACUAUAGCAUCACAUGCUGCCUCCCUUGCCUCCCUCCAGAAAUCCCCCCUCCCCCGUUCUUCUGGCAUCUUUAACCACAAUUAAGUUGAUUACCAGUACUUUUCAACUUUGUUAUAAACCUGGUGUUAGGGCUGAGCAAUCAAAUAAGUGGCCAUAUUUACAGAAAUGAUUCAUAGUGGUAGAAACAAACCUAUCUCUUCAAAAUAUAUCUUCAAACUCAUGUCCUGCUUGCCAUAGACAUCUGUUUUUAUUUGCAAACCCUGGUUAGGAAGGAAUCUGCAACAGUCAUGUAAAAGUUGUAUCUGGUGAUGCAUUUUUCAAUUAGUUAUUUGAAACUAUCUGCGUAAAUGCUUGAGAGUGUAAGUUUUUGGAAACAGUGCUUUUGGGAAGAGUUUUGUGUCUCUCAGAAGGUUAUAUAUAAAUCUUGAUGCCUCACUGAUGUUCUUUGAAUGGAUCUGAUACUAAACAUAAAUGAACUUAAUAACGGCAGUGCUUUCAAUUUUGAUUAGGAGAGCUGACCAGUUAAUUCAGGAAGAAAAUGAUGAUGUUAUUCCAUACUGUAUAGCAACUGGUGAUGUGAAGAAACUUGUCACAUUCUUUACUUCAAGAGGCCAGCUUAAAGAAGCUCUGCUUGUUGCACAGGUACCACUGUACACAAUAGUAAAUAACUCUUUUAAGAUGUAAUAUAACUUUUGCUAUACUCUGAUACCUGUUGUGUUGUUACCUAAAUCAACAAGAAAAACAAACUGAGUAGAAAAAUUAUGUUAGAACCAUGAAAUUAUUAAAUAAAAGGAAGGGAUAGUAAAGCUCUAGAUUUUCCUGCUUCUGCAAAGAAUAAGAAUUUCCAUCCUGUUCCACAAUUUACUUAUAGGCUGGUGACAUUAAAGCUGGUGUUUAUGAUGCCUGCAGUCCUGAGUUUUAAAAGCCUAGUAAUGAUAGACCUGUUUAGCCUACACUAUUGUCAGAAUCCUAUACCUGUGGAUUGGUACCAGUGCCAGGUAUUUUGUGUAAUGGUGGCACUAAUAGAGCUAGGGAAUGGUUUCAGUGUAUUGGAAUAAAAAUCAAACAAACAGACCUAUAUUAGCUACGAAACAAAGCUUGGCAGCUUUUGCUAAGAAUAUCAUUCUGUUGUGGAUAAUAGAAGCUUAUACAUCCUAAUCAAAGUACUUGGAAUUUUACUCUCCCACAUUUACAACAUAACAGGAUAGCUCCCUGACUUGUAAUAAAUAUUCUACCAUCAGUUUGAGAUGUACCAAUAUGGUUGUUCCAGAUGGUAGCCGGGCUGUUUUCUCCUACUGUGAUAGGACUGUUCCCAUUUCACUGUUAACCCCUUUUUACAAAUAAUAUUACCAAUAAGACAAUGGUUUAUGUUGCUUUUGAUUGACUUAUUUUUUUUACUGAUUUUAGUCAGCAUGUGAAGGAAAUAUGCAAACAUCCGAGUGUUUAGAAUCAAAUGGAACAGCGGAUUUGGAAGGAAACAGCAUGGAAGAUUACACUGAGUGAGUCACUGAGUGGUUAUUAUUCAUAUGUUAUCUUGUUGUUGUUUUUUGUUGGUCACAAAAUUAAUGUGGCAUUUUUAAUUGAGAUUUGACAAAUUUUUUUUUACUGAAUUUUGUAAGCUAUUGAUUUGCCAUAUCUUUGUUGUCCCUUCUGAGAUGGGGGACACAUUUACGAUUAAAUUAUGACUUACAUGGUAUGUGAACCAGGGCACUAUAUUCCAAUAACCAGUGCUUUUUUUCCCCUAAAAAAUGUUUAGGGGUACUCUCAUUUUCCUACUCAUAUUGAAAUACUGCCCCUCCAUGAGGCCAAACUUUGAUUCACAAAUUGUUUAGGGGUAGGCAUCCCCCUGCGUCCCUCCAGAAAAAAGCACGGCCAAUAACCAAAACUAAUUUAUGAUUGGACUGCCUCAUGCUGUGGUGGUGCUGACCAAACUUUCAGAUAGUAAAGGAGAAGGAUGCACUAACAACAUCUGGUAGAUUUAACUACUUUUAAUUAUUUAAUCCAAAUUUUUCCUAUUUUUGUUUAUUUCUAGACUCCUGCACAAAGUUAGUAAAGAAUUGUCUGAGUGGUAUUUUCAGGAUGGCUGUGCGGUGCUAGCUGCUUGCUGCCAUUUAGCUGUUGAAAACAUUGAGGUAAAAGUAUUUUCUGUUUACUCUAUACCAAAAUUGAAAUGUGCAGAAUAAUUACUCUUCGUUUUGUACAUUUGCAUACAUUCUAUUAAAUUUUUUAAAAACAAUCCUGUUAUGUAUAAAUAAACUUGUUUUUUUACAUCAUAUUGAUCCAAUGGGCAGUGUGGAAUAAAGACACAUAGGAAAGAUGCAUGGUCAGCAAUAACAAAGGGAACAAAUAAUUGAAAGAAUUUUUAAAAGCCAUUCCUAUUAGCCGGAUUCUGUUGUCACAUCACUUUAGGAGAUGUUACCAUUACUUUCUAGUUAGUUUUUUACCGUGUUCAUUCCUUACAACAUGCAAUGCUACAAAGCAGGUGAUGAAAAUUCCUGCAAGCAGCAGCUGAUAAAGUUGUGGGAAUAACAGGCCUCAAAGCCUAGCAACACUACUACUGUGGUGGAGAAAGUCCCUUUUCAAGAUAUGUUUUUAUGUACCUGCUAUCUAGAUAUUAAAGCUGACCCCAAGAUGCCAUGGAUACUUGCUGACCAUUUCAGGAAACAGUAAUUCCCAGGGGAGUUCCUACAAUUGUCCCUAAAAUGCAGAUAGUGUAGAUAGUGUUGAUAGAUAAGAAACAUCAGCUCCUGGUGGAUAGUAAUUUCUCCCCUGUCACAUCCCCCCUUAGUCCAUAUCUAAGAGCCAAGCCUGCAUCAAAGCCAGAUUUCCAGUUUGCUAGGCCCAAAUUCAUAAGUAGCUCUAAACUUUGCCUCUUUCCAAAGUAUUGAUUUUCAAAAGGUCUUUUCCAAUUGCGCUCUUCCCCUUGAGAAAUGACACCUGAGAGAGUGGAAAGGCAGCACACACAGGCUAAAGAUCCUAUUCCCAUUCUCCUUAACAAUCUCUUAAAGGGAAACCCUUCAUUAGUGGACAAAUAACUAUUUCUGGUGGCCAAUACCUUCCACUGUGGAUAAACCCUCUGCAGGGAUGGGGAAACAUUCUAAAAUGCCGUGUCCGGGCGAGAGGAGGUGCUCACUGGCAAGACGGUGGGCUGCCAUUAUGAGAUCUUUAGAUGCUUUUCAUAUUGGAAAGGUUGGAUGAGUUACAGAAAUUCCUGUUUAAAUUUUCUAGAAGUUGGCAAUAGCUUGGGUUGACGUGUCUCUUCUAUUUAAAAUAGUAAUUCACUUUUAGCUGGUUUGCUUAUAGACAAAAUAUUGCUUGCAGUGAUAUAAAGUAAAGCAGGUCAAACUAUGAGUCUUGUUCAUUAAUGCAUGUUUUUGUCACUCUUUAAUGUAGCAUUGGAAAGUAAAUAUUUUACAAUGCUGGUCUCAAUGAAUCCUAAGUGUUUGUGAUGCUUAAUGAUAUGAUUUUCUUAUUGAGCAAGCUUGCCAUGGCAAACCUGAUUCGUGGAAAUGAACUGGAAUUGGCAGUCAGUGUGGGUACUGUCUUAGGAGAAUGUGCAGCGCAAGCAACACAAUAUGCGCUAGAGUUACUAGCAAGAAAAUGUAUGACUAUAACAACAUGGUAAGAACUUCUUACUCCAAAGAAUGUUUCACUCUAACAAACCUUGGACACUUUUAUAGAACACCAGAGUCUCAUAUUUUGAAAACAGCAACAACAACUUUGAGGAACCUUUGGUUUUUUUAUCCAUAAGAAGCUAUUAAAAAGUAAAACUCAACUACAGUAGCAUAUUAUGAACAAACACCAAUAUUCUUAGAGCAGAAAAAUGUCGUUUUAAAUUAGCAAGAACAAGUCAAUAGGUUUUCAUUUGGCUAGUACCAAGUGCUUCCAUAUUGCAGGAGUAAUCACUACCAUAUCAGUAGGCAGGGUAGAUUUUUGAGACAGUUCUAGGAUUUGUGCUCUGCUUGAGUGACUAAAGUGCACCAGGAACAUGCUUGUGUGUGUCCACAUUUGUCUUUACCACCUUUGUGAUUCCACCUCAGUUAGAAUCAGUUAUUCUGAGUACCUUUUGAGCCUAUUUUUUCAAUCCACAAACAUUAAAACUACAUCUCACAGAUUGAAUGCCCCGUGCAUAAAAUGGACAUAUGACUAAGUUGCAGCAAGUACAGAUUGCUAGUGCGCACACAAUAAUCUACGUUGAUUUUCUGACCCAUGUGGCUGAUUUGACAGAUAAUCCACGAGGGAAUAAAUCUGCACAUGUUGAAAUGAGCCAAAAGGGUGGCGUGAGAAUCGUCCCCUAAUCCUCAAUUUAGAUUCAGAUAAUGUGAAGAAAUCCAGCAUAGUUUGUUUCAAAUUUUGGGGUGAUGUUUUGCUUUUCUCCUUUCAUUUUGCUUUGCGUAUCCAAGCAAAGUGUUAUGGGAUAACUAUUAGCCUCAUGGUUUUGAUAAGGGUUGGAAGAAAAUGGUUACUUUGGAUUGUGGCUUAUGUCAGGAGUGCAGUUUUAAUAGAACUCGUUUUUUUCUGUGACUAAAUGAUAGCGUCCAAAAUCUGUUCUUAAUUUCAGGAACACUUGUCUUGCAUGUAGCUGCUAGACAUAAGUGGAUGAGAGAAAUGUAUUGGCAGUUGCCACAUUAUGGUAGGGGAUGUGAAAAGGGACACCCCACCCCCGUCCUCUAAGUUUAGCAAUUGCUCAGUCUUCUCCAGCUAUAACAAAGUCUUGGAGAUUGCCUUUCUGUUAUCAUUUAUGUUUCUCAGCUCCUUGGCAAACAAAUAAAAUGAAAGAGGAAGGUGCAGAAAUGUAGAGGCCCACAGUUGUUUUAAGGUAUGUACAGGAGAGGCCAAAGGGAAACAAAAUAUAAGCAAAAAUCAGGCGGUGUUGCCCAUGACCCACACUGCACCAAAAUUAACUUUGGUGAGGACAGCAGUAUGUGUUGCACUUUCUGUGAUGGCAUGCUGUAACCUUCCUGAGUAUAGCUGCAUACUGAGAUGGCUGCGGAGCUUAUAGCUAAGCCUUUCUACUCCUUGCAAAAUCAUAUGCUUGUGGAAUCCAAUCAUACAAACCAGAGUUUGUAUGAUUGGAUUCCACAAGCACAAUGAAUUCACAAUCCAACUUCUUGCAAGCACUCGCAGCUUUAUCCUUUGCUUCCCAUUUAAGAGAGCGUAAAGCUUUUAGCAUAUUGCUUUCCGAGUCAAUAGAGCUUUUUUCUUUUGCAGCUUGGGUGAUAACCACUACUAGCCAUACUCUCAGUAAAUCCAAUAAAAUCAGUUGAUUUGAGUUAUUCAAGUUAUUCUCAGUAUUAUAUUUCCCAUAGAUUGUAAAAUGUGAAAUAAAAUCAUGACCAAGAAAAUGAAUAUUGGAAUUCAUUAUUGCCUAAAGCCUUGCGAUUUGGGUAAUGUUUUGUUUUGUUAACGGUAGGAUUGUUUUUACAUAAAAAGUCAAAAGAUAGUUAACAUGGGACACAUAAAAUUGCAGUUUGCAUGUUGGAUGUAGUAGAAGCAGAAUAAGAAUUUGGAGCUGUCGGUUCCUUUCCCUGCUUUUUUAAAAAAAUCCCAGCUUCUUCCCCAGCCUCUCACCAUUUGUCCUGUGUGUGUUUAGUAUAUGAAUGCUGUUUUUGUCUGUUACAUUUUGAAUAUCUUUGUUUUAGCUUUCCAUCACCUGGAUACAGGUACAUUCUUUUCUCUAGAAGGACAUUCUAAUCUAUCCUCUGCAAAGCAUGACAUUUCGGGUUAGACUGAAAAGAAAAUCCUUCAUCCUCUGCUGGCUUUUCUAAUAGAACAAAAUACUUUGCAUUUUAAGUAGAAUAGACUGGCUGAAAAGAAACAUAAUGGGUUAUUGAUGAGAAUUCAACCUGUAAGAACAAAAAGGGCAUAUCCUUAAGAUAUCCCUCUCCUCUCAUGGGAUUGUCCCAUGCCUUCACGAAGAGGAACAUUUGCAGUUCUGACAGUUUGAUCCUGAUACUAUACUAGCACAUAAGAACUGAGGUUAGUGAUUCAACAGCUGUGGUGUUUGAAUACUUAAUAUUAUGCCAGCAUUGCAGCCGUGUUAAUGGCAACACUGGAGAUUGGCUCCAAUAUUUAGGUUUUCCUAAAACCUUUCUUUGGCCAACCGUUUCUUGAAAGUUGAUGGCUGCCUUGCCAGCCAAGCAAUAGAAGGAUCAUAAUCUAUCCUAAGUGAACAUUUAUUUGGGCAUAUGCAGAUGUACAAAUUGGUAUACAUACUUGCCAACUAUUUCUUGGAGCACAGAUGGCAAAUAGCUUUCUGUAAAAGCACUCCUCCAGUACUUAAAAUAUAAUCCCAUGGGGAGCAUUACUCAAUAAACAAAGCAAUUGCUAGUCAUACACCUGAGGUUCUUCGUUCAUGCAAGGCUCUGGUAUAUGAAGAUGCAGAAUUUCCCCCUUGAUAGUGUCAUGGAUAACACAGUGUGCACAUUCCCAUUUUGUGUAUGGAGGUUCCCUGAUACAGAAUGGUGAAUGAUGGAUUCAUUUGGAUUUUCAUCAUUCCUGACUAUUGGCCAUUCUUGCUAGGAGCUGGAGUCCUACAGCAUCUGGGAGGCCACAUGUUUCCCAUCCCUUCAUUGUGAUAACAACUUGUUAGGCUCAUGUACUAUUGACUAUAUAAUGCACACCAUCUACAGUGAACUAAGACAGCUUGAUAGCAGCAAUAUUUCUGGAGUUGCAAGAUGUGUUUUCUAAGAGGUCACAGACUGCCUAUAAUCAGGGGUGCCCAAACUUUUUUCAAAGAGGGCCAGAUUUGAUGAAGUGUACAUGCGUGAGGGCCGACCGGAGCUGCUGAGCUUUUUGUUGUUGAGCUUUUUUAAGGAUUUUAGCCCAGGACAUAUACUGCCAUGGGGGCCAGAUUAAAUCGGCCGACAGGCCGGAUUAGGCCCCCAAAACAGAUUUUGGACAUGCCUGGCCUAUAUAGUUGCUGAAAAUGGAAUAAACUUAGUAGCUGUUUAAUUUUUUUGAAAUGAUACUGAAAGAUGUGGUCUUGAUCUUGAAUGAUAAAUCUACCUGAAUUUGAUUUUUGUUGUUGUUCAUAGAAUUGUAUUUUAUGACUUCACCAAAGCAUGUCCAAAUUACCUGAAGUGUUCAUACAUAGCUGUUUGCUAUCCUAGGGAUCUGAAAAUAGUAAUUUGAUAGUGGCCCAAGCAUGAGAGAUGGAGAGUGGAAGCUUCUGCUUUCACUUUAGAACAAGCCACAGUUCUCUGUAAUGACCAAACAGAAGUAGCAGUUUGUUCUAGUGGUCAUUUGUUUUGUUAAUUGACUUUCAUCGGAACACACCACAGUUCCUCAAGCUCAAUGCAUUGUGAAACUGUGGUUUGUUGGAAAGUAGGAAGCUUUUUCACUUCCCCAUCUUGAGGCUUGCUGCUGUUCACCCAAAUCAUGGUUUAGGUGAUAAUCUGAGUCAGGACUGUGUACAUCCGUUUUACAACUGCAUUAAAGGCUGUUGAGCUCAUUGUUAGUAGGCAGUAUCUUCUACAUUACCACACUCUCUUCCAGAGCUGUCCGCUGCAUAAAAGUAGCUUCACCUCACCUACAGUUUCACAGCCAGUUAAGAGAGGAAUGGGAGCAGAACAAGUAAUCUUAAUUCUGGCAUUGCUCACUGCCACCUUUUCACAUUGCUAAAUAACUGUGGCAUGUUUGUCUUUUCACAGGGAUUUAGCAGCAGAUCUUCUUAUGAUGAUCCCCAAUAAUGAGCUACAGUUAGUAAAGCUUUGUGCUUUCUAUCCUGGAUGCACAGCAGAGAUAAAUGACCUACAUGAAAAGGUACACUUAAGAGGUCAACUGUCUCUUAACCAUUUAUGUGAGUAGCAGAAGAAGUUUUAUGUUAAUUUGCUAAUACCUAGAUCCAUUUAUUUUAGGAUUCUUCCUAUUAGAGUGCACUAUAAUCAUAAUCCUCUAUGUUAUUUAUUACCUUUACUUUUUUUAAAAAAAAAUGCUAUCCAAGUCCUGUAUGCACAGGAAGAAGCAGUCAUUUCCUGUUGGACAUACCAAUAUUUUUUCUUGUGGAUGGCAAUAGAAAGUUUCUCUACAGAUGAAGCUUAGUGUGCAUAACUGAGCUGUUGAUCUGUGGCCUUAUUAUAGUAUUAAGGUAUCUACAUCAGCUUGAAAAGUAGGUUUACACAGAAUACUCUUUUCUGAUGGAAAGGAUAAUAUAGAUUUAGCUGUGUGUACAAUGAGUGAAGUCCGGUUUUGUUCAGGCGUGAUACUGCAAUGCAGAGGUGUCCCGCAGGACUUAACAGAGCCCUGUUUUCCUAUCCCAGUGUAAGGAUGUAUAUAUGUGCAAGGGCAUUAUGGUGAAUGAGAAGUCUGGACAUACAUCUCCUAUGUAUGCCAUACAGAUUACUUGUACUCUGGAGCAUACGGUAAAUAAUGUACCUAGUGCAAAGACAAGGGGCUCAGGAUACACAAAUUGCACACAGACUUUCCACUCCCUGUAAUGUUCCUUUGCACUGCCUGGGAAAUAAACUGGUUUUAAGUUGUGGGGAACAUUUCAUGUUGGACACUGCACCCGUUCUUGUGCAAAACCCCAGCUUUCCGUACAAAUAUUGUCAUAAAUGUUGUUUUGUAAAUGUUUUGUUUUUCAGUGCAGCCUACCAGAUGUAGAAGAAUGUAUGCAGUUAGCAGAGACAGCUCAGGAGGAAGGAAAUAUAUUUGAGUCAAUAAAGUAUUAUUUGUUAACUAUAGAACCAGAAAAAGCACUUCCAAUAGGCAUUCAUUAUGUGAAAGGUAGGCUUCUUAAUGAGUCAGAAAAUCUAAAAGAUUAAUAUUUGCUUGGUUUUUCCGUUCUUCAACACUUUAAACUUUUCUUCUCCUUUUCUGUUUGACAGAACAAAUCAGUAGCUCAGAUUGGACCUUGGACUCAGUCUGUCCAUUUCUUGAUCUGCUAAGCUAUAUCCGGACAGAAAAGUUGUUACUUCAUAAAUGUAGUGAGUAAGUAUGCUUUGUGAAAGUUGUGAAAUUGAAUCUGAGCUAUUUCUGUGGUUAGACUUUAUUUACCCCUGUGCCCUCCAUUGCCAGUACGUCUUAAAUAGCCCCAGCACAACUAAGCUGAAGAGAAAUAAAGUAAAACCAGAGCUGACCAUUUUAAACAGAUGAACAUAGGACAAUUUUAGAUGAGUUCAUGUAUAAUAAUAAACAGAUUCUGUUUUUUGUAGAAGUGCAGUUGACUUCUGCAGUGUUUUAUUCUAGAGCAUGUUGAGGUCAGAUCUUCACCUCAUUAUAAAGAAUACUUAUGGUAAAAAAUGCAUUUUUCUGCAAGCAUUUUUUUUAAACCAUGUAUUCUGUAAACAUGGGAUAUUGCCGGUUUUUGCUGGCUUUAGAUAUGCUUCUGGAUUGGAGAUAUUCUCUGUGCUAGAUGUUUUUAGGGCCCUGUGCACAGAGAACCACCCACACUGCCAUAAAUCCAGUGCUGUCACCGGGCCACUAGGCUGUCAUUUUAGUGAUGGGUAGGUGAACCGUUGCCAAGAUCUGCUCCCAUCUGCAGUGGCCACCCACCACUUUAAUUUGCCCAGAAUGUAAUACCCAGUAUGGAUGGGAGCUGAGCUUGGUUCUCAUUCAUAAGUGACAUCUCCACCUGCCCAGUGCUAACCUGCUGUCCAAUGAGGAAACUGAUUUAAGUGGUAGCACCACUGGAGAAAAGUGUGUGAGAGAAGUGGAGGAGAAAGGGUAUGUGGAAGUGUGAGGAGCAAAAGGCCCCUUAAGUUUGGAGCUGGCACUGCUUUUGCUGUUUUGUUUUGUUUUGUUUUGUUUUGUUGUUUUAUUAUGUUUUAAACAGAUGUUAAUUUACUGCUUUGAAAGAGAGUAUGGGUUUUAUCCAGAGUUGUCCAUGUGGAUGUGGAACAGACUUCCGCUUAAGCAGUGUGACUUCAACAUCAUCUCCUCCCCACUGCAGUUCUCCUGUGACCUCAGAAUCUGCUCCAAAUGAUUGGGGUGGGGGGUGGCAGCUCUGGAGUAUAUUUGGGAGCCAACUGAGGAAGGAGAGAAGGUCCCAUUGCUCAAUAGUAAACAAGUUUUAUGUCUAUGAUCUUCUUUCAUAAUGAUUGGGCAAAAUAAUGGAAGCACUUAUUAAUGUUCUUCUAUUUUCAGAUUUAGAAACGAGUUGUUAAUAUUGUGUGGUUACAUUGGUGCAUUACUGGCUAUUAGAAGACAGUACACUAGCAUUGUGCCAGCACUUUAUGAAUAUACAAGGUAAUUCUUUAUUACACAAUAGUUGCAUCCAUUGGAAUUAUGAUGGAUUUGAUUGUUUCCUUUUCUCCAAUGCUGUCAAUUAUUACUUAUGAUGUUCCUUGGCACUUGAAUAGUGAUUAAUCCCUUUGAAAUUGGCUUAGUCUUUGUAAAAUAUAAUUUCUCAGCUGCCUUGAUUUACUUGGCAUAUAACAUGGGCACCACAAACACUGUUUCAAAGGGACAUUGGGAUUUUCUAGCAUAAUGUUCCAAAUGGGUUUUAUUUUGCAACUCGAUACAAGGAAAAGAAAUAAGAAAUACUAAUGAGAGAUAGCUUCUAUUUUUUUAUAGCAAAGAUGAACUAAACAUAUGGAUGUGGUAGUCUUAACAAUUAUUAUUAGUUUUUUUUUGCAUAGGUUAUAUGUAAUACUUUAGGGGUUAGAGCAGGGGUCUGCAACGUUUUUUCAGGCCAGGCUGGUCCACUCCCUGGCAUCCACUCCCCAUGCAUGCCCGUGCGUGCGCUCAAGCUAUUUCUGGGUUGGAAGAGUGCCGGAAAUAGCGUGUGUGCAUGGGCGCUCCUCCGCCCUAGAAGUGCGCUGGAAAUAGUGUGUACGCAUGCGUACAGGCGCUCCGGGUGAGGAGCGCAUGUGCACACACACUAUUUCAGGCACUCCUUCAACCCAGAAGCCAGUUCCUGUGGCGAGGAAAAAAAUGGCGCCAUGAAGAAAAGAGCACAGAAUCCCCAUGCCUAUCCAUGGAACGGCCUUGGGCCGGUUCCAGGAAGCUCAUGGGCUGGAACCGGCCCAUGGGCCUUAGGUUGCCGACCUCUGGGUUAGAGUGUUACAUCUGAUGGAAUGGGCCUGGGUUAGACAACACUAGCCAGGGCUAGUGUUUUCCAGAUGUUUUGGACUACAAUUCCCAUCAUCCCUAGCCUACAGUAACACCAGUUGUAUCUAGAGCACUACUUAGUUGUAUUUUAUUGGAUUUAUUUCAAAAAUUGUGAAUCUAGUAUGUGGAUAAGGAGCUUCAAGGAAUGCAGCCUGCUGUAUGUUUCUUCAGUCUUUCCCUUCCUGCCUCCAUAGCUGCUAUAAGCAGGAAAGAGUUGAUCAGCUUGGUUUGGGAGGUAAUUGCAUGCCCAGUUGCAGAGAACCUAGCUGCCAUUAUUGCCUCCUUGCAAUAAUGCCUCCUUGCAAUAAUGCAAGCCUCCUUGACUGCCGUGAAGGAGGUGGUUGUGAGACUGCUUUGAAAACCUCAGAUUGUGCUAAAUAUAGCACAGUUGGUAGAGCAUGAGACUCUUAAUCUCAGGGUCGUGGGUUCGAGCCCCAUGUUGGUUUGGACUACAUGGUCCCUUCCAAUUCUAUGACUGACAGGUUGCAAAUAUACCUUUCUUGUGCCUACUGUGGCAUUUGCCAUAUAACCCAGACAAUCUGCACUAAUUUCAGUCUGGCUUCAAACCUGGGUUUUGCCCCCAAACUACCUUCAUUUCUAUGAUGAUUGAGGAAUGCCAAGAUGGCAGAUGGAGUGAGACCCUUCAAAUUCUCCUGGGUCUCUCAAUGUCUUUUGAUAUGAUUGAUCAUGGCAUCUUUCUAGACUGGCAGUUGGGGGAUAGUGCAGUUCAGUACUUGUGUUCUGAUCUAGGCUAUCAUUUCCAGCAGGACAUAUGCUAUGGUGUGCAACAGGGCUCCAUUUUGUCCCUGUGCUGUACAUGAAAAUGCUAUCUGGAGAAAUGGAGUGAGGGGUCAUCAAUAUGCAGAUGACAGCCAACUCUAUUUCUCCUUUUCAUCAGAUUUUGAUGAGGCUGUUGAGAUGCUGAAAUGAUGUGUGGAAUCAGUAAAGGACUGGAGAAGGACCAAGAAGUUGAAACUCAAUUCAGACAAGAAAGAGGUUCUGCUGGUGGAUGGUUCAUCUGGUUUGGGAGAUGCUAUUCAGUGUGAUUUGGGUUGCAUUCUCCCUAAAGGAUUAGGUUUGCAGCUUUUGGUGCUUCUAAAACUGGACUUUAGAGGUUCAAAUAAGUUUCACCUGCUAAAGGAGGUGUGUCAGCUAUCACCCCUCUGGCCAAAGACCCUGGACACAAUCCAGUAUUAUAUCUCAGUUAGACUAUUGUGAGUCAUUGUAUGUGAGACUGUCUUUGAAAACUACUUGGAAACUUCAGGUAGUCCAAAAUGAUGCACCAAAAUUACCAAGACUGGUUGAUUGGAAGACAUCUAGCCAGUUUUAAAAUUAUUAAGGAUAAUGGUCUGUUUCUGAGCACAAUGCAAAGUGCUGGCUGGGACUUACCUUUAAAGUGUGUGCAUGGCUUGAGAGCCCCAGGUACCUGGAACAGCUCUUUCUUUUAUAUGAACUUCCCUGGGUAUUAAAAUUUCCAAGGGCCUUUCUCCAUGUCUCCUUGCCUUACUUCUGGAGGCGAGCAGAGAUAGGGCCUCCUCUGUGGUAGCUUUAAACCUUCUCCAAGAUAUACUCACCUGGCCCCAGUCUGAUAUUUUUUCCAUACCAUUUUUUUAUCUUAUUUGCUCAGGCCUUUCAGUUUUGUUAGUUUUAUCCUUUAAAAGCUGCUAGCUUUUAAAUAAAUUUCAUUGGUUUUAUUAUUUGUGUCUUAAAUUCUUGUGAGCUGCUCUGGAACUCUGUACAAAGGAGAGGGAUAUUGUAUUAAAUACCUGGAAGAUUGACUUCCAUGGUGGUCCUGUUAACAAUUCAACCAGGCCAUCAACAGCAGGUAUUUUUCAUAAAAGUCUCUGAGACUGAACUGAUUUCAAGGAAUUAUAGAGGAUAUGAAACAAAAGGGUAGGCAGGUGAUUCUUCACUCGCACUAAGGCCUGCUGAUUGUGACAUAAUGUGUUUUUCAAAACUGGUGGAAGUAGUUAUAUCUUCCAAGUGCUCUCAAAUGGAACUGGGGAGAGGGGCUUGUUCAUUUGUUGUAAUUUUUUGUGUAAUAUAUAUAAUAUUUAUUGUUGCCUGCCAAAAACCUUCCAUAUGGGGUGAGAAAGCAGUCUGUAUAAUUUGUAUGCAGUUUUUAAAAGUUUGUUCAGAUUGCCCAAUUGUAUAGAGCUAGAAUUUGUCAUAUGCUUUCAAAACUUCUGUUACACUGCAUUCUUUUCCAGCCAGCUUUUAAAAAGACGGGAGGUGUGUGUACCCCUGAAAAUUGAACAACUCUCUGAGGAACUAGAUGCUUGGAGAGCUUGUACUCAAUCACUAAACAAGUAGGUGUACAAUGACAAUAAUAGAAUUUUAGAUGAUUUGAAUUUGUGAUCUUUUGUCUUUUAGUAGAGGACAAAUGUAUCAGAAAUUCUGUUAACUUUUAGAUGCUUUUUUUAAAAAAAAAAUUCUUGUUUGUAUGUUUCAAGUCAAGAAAACUAUUGCAAAUAAUGAUAUAUAUUUCUCACACAGAUCUGCUGAUGAAUUGCCCCCUACACCCCCAUCUGAAUUGCAACAAGAGAUAUAUGCGACACUGACGUCUAGAAUAAAAGAGGAACCUCUGAAAGUAACAAUUGGACCAGAUUACGUUACAGGCUCUAACCUUCCUAGUCAUUCAGAUGUUCACAUCUCUUGCUUGACAGGAUUAAGGAUACAGGUAUUUCUUAGUGGAGCUGGAUUACAUUUAGGAGAAGUUUGAAAGUAUUAACUUCUGCCACAAUUUCUCUCAAGAGUACUGUAUUUUUAAAAUGUGUAAUAUUUUGCUUCCCUCCCCCCAUACUUCUUACAUCCAACAGGGUCCAGUGUUUUUCCUUGAAGAUGGAAAAUCCACAAUUUCACUCAACGAUGCGUUAAUGUGGGCAAAAGUGAACCCUUUCUCUCCACUGGGUACAGGAAUACGGCUCAACCCAUUCUAA